AUGGAGUCAGAGACCUGGUUCUUGAGGCUGGCUGGGGCAGCCAGAGCAUGGGCAACAGCUGUGUGUCCAGCAUCACUCUCCCAUGACCACCUGUUGUGGAUAUGUCUGGUGGCCCGUGACUUUCUCCCGCUGUGGAAGAACCAGGGUGAUUUACACCCAGCAGGAGCAGAUGCUUCUCAGUGGCACGCCUCGUUACUCUUAACAACCGGGUAAGUAACUAGGCAGGUCUCUCUCAGCGCAGCCCCACGGUAACGAGGGAGUUCUACUUUACAUCCUCGCUUGGACAAUCUGCCUGACGCCCCCUCCCCUCCCCCGGGGAAUCACCAUCUGCAUUGAGAUUCCCAGGAUUCCAUGCUGGAAGGGAGGAGAGGAAGGAGGAGAGAGGCGCUCUACUCUGGAUGUGGGAGUGGAUGGCUCAUUAGAAGAGACCAGAGAGAGAGGGGAGGGAAAGAGAGGAAGAUGGAGAGAAUGUAAAGUAAUUAGCUAGUUUGCUCUGGGCCAGUUCUAUACUUAUCUGUGCUCUCUCAAAGCUACUCCCAGUGAGGUCAGGAAUAGGAUGCCAUGCAGGGACGUUUGUCUGUCUGCAGCGCUACUCCCAGUCAGGUCAGGAAUAGGAUGCCAUGCAGAGAUGGUAGUCUGCAGCGCUACUCCCAGUGAGGUCAGGAAUAGGAUGCCAUGCAGAGAUGCGCUACUCUUAUUCUGUUUGGUCUCGUGCCACGCAUGCUGCUUCAAGAGCUCCAAAUGCUGCCAUCAACCACCUAGAAACAAGUGUUCUAGAUUUAACGUAGCAUCAUCUCCAUAGCUCUUUUCUUUUUUUGGGGGGGGGGUGGGGUUGUCUGCUUUUAUUAGUGUCUGUCUGUGUAUGUGUGUACUGUAUGUGAGUGUGUUUGUCUUGGUGAUUGGUUCCAGUGUUUACACCGAGGAAUGUGCUGACAGCAGAUUCCUUCUCGUCUUUGUCACCCAGUCAGAUUGGAAUGUUUCUUCUUGAUGUCACAUCGCCAUCCGCCCCCCCCCUGUCUGUCUCCAAACACAACCCAGUGACAUGUGAAAUAGAUCAGGUCCCUGCUGCUCUCACUCUGGAGACAACGACUGGAGGUCUCAUUCUUUACACUCCCCCACCUGAUCCUACUGGGAACACAUAGUGCCAAAAACCUUUAUUGAAAGUUGAGGAAAACUAGAAGAAACAGAAGAAAGUGAGUCAGCGGCCCCAGCUGACAGGCACAGCCAUCUCUCCAGAGAGUGCCAGGACAGGCAGUGGGGUUUUGCAUAGUAGACACUUACAAUACAUACCACACUGAGAGAGAGAGAGAGCGAGAGAGACAGAGAGACAGACAGAGAGACAGACAGAGAGACAGACAGAGAGACAGACAGAGAGACAGACAGAGACAGAGACAGAGAGAGAGACAGAGAGAGAGAGACAGAGAGAUGGGGUGAGAAAAGCCCCCUCUCUUUGUGUGUUGGUCCAGGCCAUUACAGGCAGAUUAGCCAGGGCAAGGCCUACUGCAGAACAGAGAGGAUGCUGGGAGCUGUCCAGUCUAAACUCAUUACACUUAUUUUGGGAAGAGGUGGAAAUAACUAUUAUUAUACACAUAAUAAACCACAUUAGGAGUGCAGAGGACAAGUCCAGUUCAGUACAGUCCAGAGCAGAGGAGAGGAAACAAUCACUGAAAUGGCCUGUUGACUGAGAAAUAUUAUGGUUUUCAGAGCACAUUACAUUUUAAUGGAUUUGAUCUCUUUAAUUCUGCCAAAUUUCUCAUUAAAUUGUUUAAGUGGCGGAUGUUUCUACUUGUUAGCAUCUAGCUCAACAGAAGGACUUCUGGUCUGUGGCUAAUGCUAGGCUAAUAGCUCAACGACAGGGCUUGUAUCUCAACCUCUCCUAGUCUGUGGCUAUGCUAGCUCAACAGAAGGACUUUUACUUCUGGUCUGUGGCUAAUACUAGGCUAAUAGCUCAACGACAGGGCUUGUAUCUCAACCUCUACUGGUCUGUGGCUAGGCUAUACAACAGCACUAUCUCCUAGUAGUCUGUGGCUAGGCUAAUAGCCCAACAGCAGUGCUUUGUUAGCGCUGAGGUAAGCCUCCCUCUCAGCUGUCGGCCUGCAUUCCUCCCUGGCCCUGCCUGUCCAUGUAUGGGUAAGAGGAGAGAAUGGCAGAGAGAGAGCUGCUGAAAUGAGCAGGGCACACUGCUGCCUAGUCAACCAUAAACACGUAUGUUAUUAAAUCAUCAAGUGGGAAUUGUAUUUUGACUUAUUUCCGUAUGACCUACAUGACAGAAAGACAGUGGUUAAUGGUUACUCAUCACAUACAAGUCCUCUUCUCACACUGUGCUUUGAUCAAAAUAACUCUCACCCUGGAGAAAUACAUACUGAAAUAAAAAAGGCUUUCAGUUGGCUGAUGGUUAAACAGCAUUAAAGUGUUCAACUUAUUCCCGUCAUUGUCUGUGUACACAAAUGCAGUGUUUGCAUAGGAAACAUGUGAUCUAGAAUUUUUCUCAGGUACAGUUGUUACAUUUACAUUUUAGUCAUUUAGCAGACGCUCUUAUCCAGAGUGACUUACAGGAGCAAUUAGGGUUAAGUGCCUUGCUCAAGGGCACAUCGGCAGAUUUUUCACCUAGUCGGCUCGGGGAUUAGAACCAGCAACCUUUCGGUUACUGGCACAACGCUCUUAACCACUAAUCUACCUGCCGCCCCGUGUUGAGUAAAUGCCAAGUGUAUUUUUUAUUUAACUAGGCAAUUCAGUUAAAAACAAAUUCUUAUUUACAAUGACGGCCUACCAAAAGGCCUCUUGCGGGGAUGGGGGUUGGGAUUAAAAAUCAAAAUAUAGGACAAAACACACAUCACAACAAGAGAGACACCACAACACUACAUAAAGAGAGACCUAAGACAACAACAUAGCAUGGCAGCAACACAUGACAACAGAGCAUGGUAGCAACACCACAUGACAACAACAUGGUAGAAACACAACAUGGCAGCAGCACAAAACAUGGUGCAAACAUUAUUGGGCACAGACAACAGCACAAAGGGUAAGAAGGUAGAGACAACAAUACAUCACGUGAAGCAGCUGCAACUGUCAGUAAGAGUGUCCUUGAUUGAGUCUUUGAAUGAAGAGAUGGAGAUAAAACUGUCCAGUUUGAGUGUUUUUUGCAGCUCGUUCCAGUCGCUAGCUGCAGCGAACUGAAAAGAGGAGCGACCCAGGGAUGUGUGUGCUUUGGGAACCUUUAACAGAAUGUGACUGGCAGAAUGGGUGUUGUAUGUGGAGGAUGAGGGCUGCAGUAGGUAUCUCAGAUAGGGGGGAGUGAGGCCUAAGAGGGUUUUAUAAAUAAGCAUCAACCAUUGGGUCUUGGGACGGGUAUACAGAGAUGACCAGUUUACAGAGGAGUAUAGAGUGCAGUGAUGUGUCCUAUAAGGAGCAUUGGUGGCAAAUCGGAUGGCCAAAUGGUAAAGAACAUCUAGCCGCUCGAGAGCACCCUUACCUGCUGAUCUAUAAAUUACGUUUCCAUAAUCUAGCAUGGGUAGGAUGGUCAUCUGAAUCAGGGUUAGUUUGGCAGCUGGGGUGAAAGAGGAAUGGUUACGAUAGAGGAAAUCAAGUCUAGAUUUAACCUUAGCCUGCAGCUUUGAUAUGUGCUGAGAGAAGGACAGUGUACCGUCUAGCCAUACUCCCAAGUAAACCCUCAGAGGUAGUAAUCACACCGGUGGGGAGAGGGGCAUUCUUCUUACCAAACCUCAUGACCUUUGUUUUGAAGGUGUUCAGAAUAAGGUUAAGGGCAGAGAAAGCUUGUUGGACACUAAGAAAGAUUUGUUGUAAAGCGUUUAACACAAAAUCCGGGGAGGGGCCAGCUGAGUAUAAGACUGUAUCAUCUGCAUAAAAAUGGUUGAGAGAGCUUCCUACUGCCUGAGCUAUGUUGUUGAUGUAAAUUGAGAAGAGCGUGGGGCCUAGGAUCGAGCCUUGGGGUUCUCCCUUGGUGACAGGCAGUGGCUGAGACAGCAGAUGUUCUGACUUUAUACACUGCACUCUUUGAGAGAGGUAGUUAGCAAACCAGGCCAAAGACCCCUCAGAGACACCAAUACGCCCACAAGAAUGGAAUGGUCUACCAUAUCAAAAGCUUUGGUCAAGUCAAUAAAAAUAGCAGCACAACAUUGCUUAGAAUCAAGGGCAAUGGUGACAUAAUUUAGGACCUUUAUGGUUGCAGUGACACAUCCAUAACCUGAGCAGAAACCAGAUUGCAUACCAGAGAGAAUACUAUAGACAUCAAGAAAGCCAGUCAGUUGAUUAUUGACAAGUUCUUCCAACACUUUUGAUAAACAGGGCAAAAUAGAAAUUGGCCUAUAACAGUUAGGAUCAGCUUGAUCUCCCCAUUAAAUAAAGGACAGACCGUGGCUGCCUUCCAAGCAAUGAGAACCUCCCCAGAGAGGAGAGACAGGUUAUGGUUUUUUGGGGUCAAGUUUAAGGAGCUCCUUUAGCAACUCAGACUCAGUGAUUGCUUGCAGGGAGAAACUUUGUAGCGGGGCAGGGGAGAAAGAGGGAGGAGCAUCGGGGCUAGUCGCAUUAGAAGGGGUGGGAGAUUAGGAAAUGUUGGAUGGGCAAUGAGGCAUGGCUGAGUCAAAUAGGAAUCCUGACUUAAUGAAGUGGUGAUUAAAGAGCUCAGCCAUGUGCUCCUUGUCAGUAACAACCACAUCAUCAACAUUAAGGGACAUGGGCAGCUGUGAGUGUUUAUUCUCCAGGUCUUUAACCGUUUUCCAGAACUUCUUGGGGUUAGACCCACAGAGAGAGAACUGCUCCUUAAAAUAACUAACUUUGGCCUUCCGGAUAGCCUGAGUGAACUUAUUUCUCAUCUGCCUGAACAAGAGCCAGUCAGCCUGAGUAUGCAUGUGUCGAGCCUUUCGUCAAAUGGAAUUCUUGAGGUGGAGUAACUCUGCCAGAUCACGGUCGAACCAGGGGCUGAACCUGUUUUUAAUUCUCAUUUUCUUUAUGGGGACGUGUUUGUUAACAAUACCACUGAAAAUAUCAAAAAAGAAGGUCCAAGCUUCUUCGACAGAGGGGAUCAGGCUGAUUCUAUACCAAUGUACAGAGGCCAGGUCAUGAAGGAAGGCUUGCUCGUUAAAGUGUCUAUGACAAAUCAGGACAGGUCGUUUCACUGAGCAGCCAUUACAAACACAGGCUGUAAAACAGUGAUCACUAAGGUCAUUACAGAAAACACCAGACUGAUACCUAUUAGUAUUAUUUGUGAGAAUAACAUCAAGGAGAGUAGCCUUUUCUGGCUGUUUGGAGUCAUACCUUGUGGGAUUGGUAAUAAUCUGAGAAAGAUUUAGGGAGUCCCAUUGCUUUAGGACUUGGUCAGUAUAAGCAUGUCCCAGUUUAGGUCACCUAGAAGGACAAAGGGGCCAGGAGAGAGCUUAGGGCAGGUAGGGUACAGGCCGGUGCUGAUGGUGGACGAUAACACCCAGCAACAGUCAACAAAGAGCUACUUGAAAGUUUAAUGCUUAAAACCAGCAAAUCUAAUUGUUUGGGGACAGAUUUACUGGAGACAACCGAGCACUGAAGGUGUUCCUUGGUAAAGAUUGCCACUCCACCACCUUUGGAAGAUCUGUCUUGACGAAAAAGGUUAUAACCAGAAAGGUUAACAUCAUUGUUCAAAACACUCUUUCUUAACCACGUCUCAGUAAUGACCUGCACAUCUAGAUUGGAGCUGUGAACCCACACUUUCAAUUGAUACAUUUUAAGUAAUAAGCUUCUAGUGUUAACGUGCAGAAAGUCAGGAUUGGGGCUAGCAACAGUAGAUGGGCCAGGGUGUAUUUCCAGAUUUCAUCAGCAGUAAUACAAUCAGGGCACGGCAGAGGACAGGAAGAGCUCUGCAGUGUUUAUUUUUUAUGACAUUUGAAUGUGCAUCAGAUGGCAACAAGAUCAUAUUGUACAGCAAUUGCAUCAGGUAACAUGAAUACAAAGCCGGCGAGAGGUGGUUAGAAUAGGAUGGGAGGCCAAGAGUCUGUGUAACCAAUAGAGAGUCAGAGUCCCGAGUGUGGGAACAAACAUUGUCUGUCCCACGGUUGGGUAAACAAGCAAGUUCAUAGUCAACAAAUCAUGCAGGAGUCAUGAGGCAAAUAGCAAAAAAUAUAACGACUUGGGGAUGGCCACUGUAAGUUCAAAGAGUCACUCGCCACAACAAGAUAACUUGAGAUACUAGCUCUCUAUGAGUCCAGUAGACUAUAAAAGUAUGAGAUAAAAUAAAUAAAUAGUAGGCCUAUACUAGUUAGUUAAAGAGUUUCUGAGUAAGCUCACAUAAUAAGCUUCACAAGUUAAUUAGCCUACCUAAAAUUCCGAUCAGUCCAAAGUCUGCUGUGUGUAAGUGUGUGUGUGUGCUGGAGGCGAGCGAAAGCUCGGGAGAGAAGGGGGAGCGUGGCGGUGGUACCUGUACCAGACAGGGGGAGACAGGGCAGACGGUGAACAGAUCGCCAGGUGGAAUCCAAGCAGCAGUGCAGCAGGCAAUGGGAAUAGUUGUCACACCCGUUUGGGAGAAGCUUUUUUGUUUUUCAGGAGGCAGAUUCCUUGUAGAAAAUCUCUGUCCACUGGGUUUUUUUUUUCCACGUGGUGUGUGUGUGCGUGUGUGUGUAUCACUGUGGUGUGUGUGCGUGUGUAUCACUGUGGUGUGUGUGUGUGUGCGUGUGUGUGUUCGGUGCCUGGGAGUAACACCAGUGUGAGACUUGUCUGAUUGCCAGGUUUCCUCUAGACUAGAGUGUUUCAGUUGAUAGUCUCUGUGAAAUCUCCUCAGGACUUUUCCCAGGAGACUCACAAUAAAAAGCAGUCCUAAAACUGUCACAAUAUGCAGCAUACUGAAUAGUGAAUGUUGAUUCUUCAUGUGCAUGUUUAUCUCUUGUGUGUGCUGCAUGUUUUUGCUUCCUGUAACUAUAGAGCACAUUAGAAGCACCUGUUACAGACAGACAGACAGACAGACAGACAGACAGACAGACAGACAGACAGACAGACAGACAGACAGACAGACAGACAGACAGACAGACAGACAGACAGACAGACAGACAGACAGACAGACAGCCUGCCUGCCUGCCUGCCUGUAAGACCCUGCCUGACCUCCUCCCUGGCUCUUCUCGUCAGACAGUUGGCCUUCAGGUCCCACUAGCGCUUUACUAGGAAUUUAUUUCAGGAUGUUGACUGGAAUGCUUGACGGCUGUUGGGUGUCAUAAAAGUUUAUUUUCAAUCACCAGGGUUUCCGUUAGGAAAAUGUGGUGCCGGACAACGUGACCAGAAAGAUUUUCAUUUACCGGCCAUUUGAGAAAUUUACCGGGACACAUAUCCAUUGAGUGCAUAACUCUUUAGGGCGUCCACCCACGGGGCUCAGAAUGACAUCACAGAAAUCACAUUUAGAUUAUGGUAACUCAUCUUAACAGAACAUGCCCUGUAAUGAAGCAGCCGAUAAAACGUCAUUUUCAAACAUUUGCUAAACUGCGAUUUUCAGGAAAACUCCAUUCUAAACUGCGCACCUGAUGAGAGCGGUUGUGGUUACUAAAAGAAACACUUUUGCUGGUCCAUGCUGUAAUGAUAAGGAAGAUCCGCCGACACUGUACUCUGUUUUCAAAGGUUUAUUAUAACAAAGGUUCCAGCAUCAGAAUUUGACAGACUCCUGCAGAUGUCUGGAAAACAGCCCGAGCCAAUCUGAUUAGCUAUUCUCUCCCCUAUUGUCCAAGACAUGGCAUUUAUAUCCUUUAUGACGUAUUAUGGUGUGAUUCUAGAAACCAAUCCCUAGUCUUUCUCCCCUCACUUCCCCCCCUUUUUCUUCUUAAUGAUUUGAUCUGCUUUAAUUCUGCCAUUUCUCAUUAAAUUGUUUAAGUGGCGGAUGUUUUCUACUUGUUAGCAUCUAGCUCAACAGAAGGACUUCUGGUCUGUGGCUAAUGCUAGGCUAAUAGCUCAACGACAGGGCUUGUAUCUCAACCUCUCCUAGUCUGUGGCUAUGCUAGCUCAACAGAAGGACUUUUACUUCUGGUCUGUGGCUAAUACUAGGCUAAUAGCUCAACGACAGGGCUUGUAUCUCAAACCUUACUGGUCUGUGGCUAGGCUAUACAACAGCAACUAUCUCCUAGUAGUCUGUGGCUAGGCUAAUAGCCCAACAGCAGUGCUUUGUGUAGCGCUGAGGUAAGCCUCCCUCUCAGCUGUCGGCCUGCAUUCCUCCCUGGCCCUGCCUGUCCAUGUAUGGGUAAGAGGAGAGAAUGGCAGAGAGAGAGCUGCUGAAAUGAGCAGGGCACACUGCUGCCUAGUCAACCAUAAACACGUAUGUUAUUAAAUCAUCAAGUGGGAAUUGUAUUUUGACUUAUUUCCGUAUGACCUACAUGGACAGAAAGACAGUGGUUUAAUGGUUACUCAUCACAUACAAGUCCUCUUCUCACACUGUGCUUUGAUCAAAAUAACUCUCACCCUGGAGAAAUACAUACUGAAAUAAAAAAGGCUUUCAGUUGGCUGAUGGUUAAACAGCAUUAAAGUGUUCAACUUAUUCCCGUCAUUGUCUGUGUACACAAAUGCAGUGUUUGCAUAGGAAACAUGUGAUCUAGAAUUUUUCUCAGGUACAGUUGUUUACAUUUACAUUUUAGUCAUUUAGCAGACGCUCUUAUCCAGAGUGACUUACAGGAGCAAUUAGGGUUAAGUGCCUUGCUCAAGGGCACAUCGGCAGAUUUUUCACCUAGUCGGCUCGGGGAUUAGAACCAGCAACCUUUCGGUUACUGGCACAACGCUCUUAACCACUAAUCUACCUGCCGCCCCGUGUUGAGUAAAUGCCAAGUGUAUUUUUUAUUUAACUAGGCAAUUCAGUUAAAAACAAAUUCUUAUUUACAAUGACGGCCUACCAAAAGGCCUCUUGCGGGGAUGGGGGUUGGGAUUAAAAUCAAAAUAUAGGACAAAAACACACAUCACAACAAGAGAGACACCACAACACUACAUAAAGAGAGACCUAAGACAAACAACAUAGCAUGGCAGCAACACAUGACAACAGAGCAUGGUAGCAACACCACAUGACAACAACAUGGUAGAAACACAACAUGGCAGCAGCACAAAACAUGGUGCAAACAUUAUUGGGCACAGACAACAGCACAAAGGGUAAGAAGGUAGAGACAACAAUACAUCACGUGAAGCAGCUGCAACUGUCAGUAAGAGUGUCCUUGAUUGAGUCUUUGAAUGAAGAGAUGGAGAUAAAAACUGUCCAGUUUGAGUGUUUUUUGCAGCUCGUUCCAGUCGCUAGCUGCAGCGAACUGAAAAGAGGAGCGACCCAGGGAUGUGUGUGCUUUGGGAACCUUUAACAGAAUGUGACUGGCAGAAUGGGUGUUGUAUGUGGAGGAUGAGGGCUGCAGUAGGUAUCUCAGAUAGGGGGGAGUGAGGCCUAAGAGGGUUUUAUAAAUAAGCAUCAAACCAUUGGGUCUUGGGACGGGUAUACAGAGAUGACCAGUUUACAGAGGAGUAUAGAGUGCAGUGAUGUGUCCUAUAAGGAGCAUUGGGUGGCAAAUCGGAUGGCCAAAUGGUAAAGAACAUCUAGCCGCUCGAGAGCACCCUUACCUGCUGAUCUAUAAAUUACGUUUCCAUAAUCUAGCAUGGGUAGGAUGGUCAUCUGAAUCAGGGUUAGUUUGGCAGCUGGGGUGAAAGAGGAAUGGUUACGAUAGAGGAAAUCAAGUCUAGAUUUAACCUUAGCCUGCAGCUUUGAUAUGUGCUGAGAGAAGGACAGUGUACCGUCUAGCCAUACUCCCAAGUAAACCCUCAGAGGUAGUAAUCACACCGGUGGGGAGAGGGGCAUUCUUCUUACCAAACCUCAUGACCUUUGUUUUGAAGGUGUUCAGAAUAAGGUUAAGGGCAGAGAAAGCUUGUUGGACACUAAGAAAGAUUUGUUGUAAAGCGUUUUAACACAAAAUCCGGGGAGGGGCCAGCUGAGUAUAAGACUGUAUCAUCUGCAUAAAAAUGGUUGAGAGAGCUUCCUACUGCCUGAGCUAUGUUGUUGAUGUAAAUUGAGAAGAGCGUGGGGCCUAGGAUCGAGCCUUGGGGUUCUCCCUUGGUGACAGGCAGUGGCUGAGACAGCAGAUGUUCUGACUUUAUACACUGCACUCUUUGAGAGAGGUAGUUAGCAAACCAGGCCAAAGACCCCUCAGAGACACCAAUACGCCCACAAGAAUGGAAUGGUCUACCAUAUCAAAAGCUUUGGUCAAGUCAAUAAAAAUAGCAGCACAACAUUGCUUAGAAUCAAGGGCAAUGGUGACAUAAUUUAGGACCUUUAUGGUUGCAGUGACACAUCCAUAACCUGAAGCAGAAACCAGAUUGCAUACCAGAGAGAAUACUAUAGACAUCAAGAAAGCCAGUCAGUUGAUUAUUGACAAGUUCUUCCAACACUUUUGAUAAACAGGGCAAAAUAGAAAUUGGCCUAUAACAGUUAGGAUCAGCUUGAUCUCCCCAUUAAAUAAGGACAGACCGUGGCUGCCUUCCAAGCAAUGAGAACCUCCCCAGAGAGGAGAGACAGGUUAUGGUUUUUUGGGGUCAAGUUUAAGGAGCUCCUUUAGCAACUCAGACUCAGUGAUUGCUUGCAGGGAGAAACUUUGUAGCGGGGCAGGGGAGAAAGAGGGAGGAGCAUCGGGGCUAGUCGCAUUAGAAGGGGUGGGAGAUUAGGAAAUGUUGGAUGGGCAAUGAGGCAUGGCUGAGUCAAAUAGGAAUCCUGACUUAAUGAAGUGGUGAUUAAAGAGCUCAGCCAUGUGCUCCUUGUCAGUAACAACCACAUCAUCAACAUUAAGGGACAUGGGCAGCUGUGAGUGUUUAUUCUCCAGGUCUUUAACCGUUUUCCAGAACUUCUUGGGGUUAGACCCACAGAGAGAGAACUGCUCCUUAAAAUAACUAACUUUGGCCUUCCGGAUAGCCUGAGUGAACUUAUUUCUCAUCUGCCUGAACAAGAGCCAGUCAGCCUGAGUAUGCAUGUGUCGAGCCUUUCGUCAAAUGGAAUUCUUGAGGUGGAGUAACUCUGCCAGAUCACGGUCGAACCAGGGGCUGAACCUGUUUUUAAUUCUCAUUUUCUUUAUGGGGACGUGUUUGUUAACAAUACCACUGAAAAUAUCAAAAAAGAAGGUCCAAGCUUCUUCGACAGAGGGGAUCAGGCUGAUUCUAUACCAAUGUACAGAGGCCAGGUCAUGAAGGAAGGCUUGCUCGUUAAAGUGUCUAUGACAAAUCAGGACAGGUCGUUUCACUGAGCAGCCAUUACAAACACAGGCUGUAAAACAGUGAUCACUAAGGUCAUUACAGAAAACACCAGACUGAUACCUAUUAGUAUUAUUUGUGAGAAUAACAUCAAGGAGAGUAGCCUUUUCUGGCUGUUUGGAGUCAUACCUUGUGGGAUUGGUAAUAAUCUGAGAAAGAUUUAGGGAGUCCCAUUGCUUUAGGACUUGGUCAGUAUAAGCAUGUCCCAGUUUAGGUCACCUAGAAGGACAAAGGGGCCAGGAGAGAGCUUAGGGCAGGUAGGGUACAGGCCGGUGCUGAUGGUGGACGAUAACACCCAGCAACAGUCAACAAAGAGCUACUUGAAAGUUUAAUGCUUAAAACCAGCAAAUCUAAUUGUUUGGGGACAGAUUUACUGGAGACAAACCGAGCACUGAAGGUGUUCCUUGGUAAAGAUUGCCACUCCACCACCUUUGGAAGAUCUGUCUUGACGAAAAAGGUUAUAACCAGAAAGGUUAACAUCAUUGUUCAAAACACUCUUUCUUAACCACGUCUCAGUAAUGACCUGCACAUCUAGAUUGGAGCUGUGAACCCACACUUUCAAUUGAUACAUUUUAAGUAAUAAGCUUCUAGUGUUAACGUGCAGAAAGUCAGGAUUGGGGCUAGCAACAGUAGAUGGGCCAGGGUGUAUUUCCAGAUUUCAUCAGCAGUAAUACAAUCAGGGCACGGCAGAGGACAGGAAGAGCUCUGCAGUGUUUAUUUUUUAUGACAUUUGAAUGUGCAUCAGAUGGCAACAAGAUCAUAUUGUACAGCAAUUGCAUCAGGUAACAUGAAUACAAAGCCGGCGAGAGGUGGUUAGAAUAGGAUGGGAGGCCAAGAGUCUGUGUAACCAAUAGAGAGUCAGAGUCCCGAGUGUGGGAACAAACAUUGUCUGUCCCACGGUUGGGUAAACAAGCAAGUUCAUAGUCAACAAAUCAUGCAGGAGUCAUGAGGCAAAUAGCAAAAAUAUAACGACUUGGGGAUGGCCACUGUAAGUUCAAAGAGUCACUCGCCACAACAAGAUAACUUGAGAUACUAGCUCUCUAUGAGUCCAGUAGACUAUAAAAGUAUGAGAUAAAAUAAAUAAAUAGUAGGCCUAUACUAGUUAGUUAAAGAGUUUCUGAGUAAGCUCACAUAAUAAGCUUCACAAGUUAAUUAGCCUACCUAAAAUUCCGAUCAGUCCAAAGUCUGCUGUGUGUAAGUGUGUGUGUGUGCUGGAGGCGAGCGAAAGCUCGGGAGAGAAGGGGGAGCGUGGCGGUGGUACCUGUACCAGACAGGGGGAGACAGGGCAGACGGUGAACAGAUCGCCAGGUGGAAUCCAAGCAGCAGUGCAGCAGGCAAUGGGAAUAGUUGUCACACCCGUUUGGGAGAAGCUUUUUUGUUUUUCAGGAGGCAGAUUCCUUGUAGAAAAUCUCUGUCCACUGGGUUUUUUUUUUUCCACGUGGUGUGUGUGUGCGUGUGUGUGUAUCACUGUGGUGUGUGUGCGUGUGUAUCACUGUGGUGUGUGUGUGUGUGCGUGUGUGUGUUCGGUGCCUGGGAGUAACACCAGUGUGAGACUUGUCUGAUUGCCAGGUUUCCUCUAGACUAGAGUGUUUCAGUUGAUAGUCUCUGUGAAAUCUCCUCAGGACUUUUCCCAGGAGACUCACAAUAAAAAGCAGUCCUAAAACUGUCACAAUAUGCAGCAUACUGAAUAGUGAAUGUUGAUUCUUCAUGUGCAUGUUUAUCUCUUGUGUGUGCUGCAUGUUUUUGCUUCCUGUAACUAUAGAGCACAUUAGAAGCACCUGUUACAGACAGACAGACAGACAGACAGACAGACAGACAGACAGACAGACAGACAGACAGACAGACAGACAGACAGACAGACAGACAGACAGACAGACAGACAGACAGACAGACAGACAGACAGCCUGCCUGCCUGCCUGCCUGUAAGACCCUGCCUGACCUCCUCCCUGGCUCUUCUCGUCAGACAGUUGGCCUUCAGGUCCCACUAGCGCUUUACUAGGAAUUUAUUUCAGGAUGUUGACUGGAAUGCUUGACGGCUGUUGGGUGUCAUAAAAGUUUAUUUUCAAUCACCAGGGUUUCCGUUAGGAAAAUGUGGUGCCGGACAACGUGACCAGAAAGAUUUUCAUUUACCGGCCAUUUGAGAAAUUUACCGGGACACAUAUCCAUUGAGUGCAUAACUCUUUAGGGCGUCCACCCACGGGGCUCAGAAUGACAUCACAGAAAUCACAUUUAGAUUAUGGUAACUCAUCUUAACAGAACAUGCCCUGUAAUGAAGCAGCCGAUAAAACGUCAUUUUCAAACAUUUGCUAAACUGCGAUUUUCAGGAAAACUCCAUUCUAAACUGCGCACCUGAUGAGAGCGGUUCUAUAUGUGACGGAGAUGAAAAUCUCUGUUAGAAACUUAGAAAGAGGGGGAAUCUGAAGAUGUAACCCAUAGGAUGGGUUGCUAAUAUGACUAGGAUUGUGCCUUUGGCUUCUGGACAUUUUAGUAGACGCUCUUAUCCAGAGCGACUUACAGUUAGUGAGUGCAUAUAUUUUUUAUACUGGCCCCCCGUGGGAAACGAACCCACAACCCUGGCGUUGCAAGCGCCAUGCUCUACCAACUGAGCUACAGGAGGCCAUGAAUGAAAGAAAUAUGAUAUGAAAACCAAUAGAACUGGAGAGAAAUGGCAUAUGAGGAAGUAUUUCAUAGGCGGCACAUUGAAUAUGCUAGGGAAGUAAAUUUAAAAACAUUUGCCAAAAUUAUAUAAUUACUCCUGUCUAUACAGAAAUAAAUAAAAUAAUUCAAAAUACACCAGCAAGCAUGUAGCUCAAGUCAAGACGUGUAUUUGUCGGCUUUAUGUAUUUUGACUUAGUUGACAAUGGAAGUUAUAGACCUACUACUGCAUUGGCCUUAUAGGCUAUGAGUUCCAUGCGCUCCUUUAUUUUGCCGCCAAUGGAUCACUGUGUAUCAAUGUGUCCGUAUGGCAGAGGCUGGUGCUAUCGCAUUAGUUUAAUUUUAACUUUAAAUGCGCAUAUGAAAUCAUAACUGGCACACAGAUCCGUAGAAAUAGUAGGAUAAAUUGCACGCUUUAUAAAAUUGCCUCCACGUUCCCAUGGUCGGAUUUGCCUAUAGGCUACUUUGAAGCAAGGUAAGACAUGCCUUAUAAUGUGAAGUAAAACAUUCAGGUUUCAAACAAUUAAGUAGGCCUAUGUUUCAAAAUGCAUACUGCGUCCAGCUCACAUUGUAAAGUGGUGGUGACGCGGUGAUAGCCUGUUGCCUGGACUUUAAUGGUGAAUGGGAGGCGCGAUUCAUUUAGAAUACCAGCUGAGAAAUAAAAAUAGUAGGCCUAGCUCUUUUUAGUCCUGCACCAAAACUGUUUUUAACACGCGAUUGCGUUUAGAAUUAUUGCGCGAUGAAUGGUCUUAUAAAAUCACGUUUUACUCCAGCAGCAACCAGUUCAGGAGCUACAGUAGAAAUCAUGCUCAAAAUAGGCUUUGUAUGUUGUGUGCAUGUGAUAGUUGUGUUGGAUAAAUAAAAUACAUGAUGACUAACGAAAAUACACAUAUGCCAAUUAAAUUCCACUAUUUUAUGUAAAUUAACUUGUAGACCAAUAAGCAUGAUGGUCAAAUGUAUUUCCAUCGACUGGUAUUUCCAUCAAUUUAUAAAAAGCAUUAUUUUGCAAUGGGAUUUUUUUUUCUCCUGGUCAUUGUGGCGGGCAACAGCUUUUCUUAUUUUUUUCCGGCCAAAAGCCGGCUAACCGAAACCCUGCCCAACACACAUUUAAUCUAGCAAGUCACAUGAAGACGCAUGCACAGACACACACACACAGACUAACACACAGACUAACACACAGACUAACACACAGACUAACACACAGACUAACACACAGACGCACGCACAGACGCACGCACAGACACACACACACAGACUAACACACAGACUAACACACAGACACACACAGACUAACAUACACAGACUAACACACAGACUAACACACAGACACGCACAGACACACGCACACAGACACACGCACAGACACACACACACAGACACACACAGACACACGCACACAGACUAACACACAGACUAACACACAGAAUAACACACAGACUAACACACAGACUAACACACAGCCUAACACACAGACUAACACACAGACUAACACACAGACUAACACACAGACUAACACACAGACUAACACACAGACUAACACACAGCCUAACACACAGACUAACACACAGACUAACACACAGACUAACACACACAGAAUAACACACACAGAAUAACACACAGCCUAACACACAGACUAACACACAGACUAACACACAGACUAACACACAGCCUAACACACAGACUAACUGUCACGAACCGGCUCAAGUUCGUAACAAAAGGGAGACACGUGGAGACAAGGAGUACUCAAAGUAUAUAUUUAUUAAUUAAAGUAACUAACUGAAAUAACAAUGGCGUGUGUAAUCAGUAAUCAGUAGUGUAAGUGAGUGUUUGCUUGCAUAAAUGUAAUAUAGAAAAGUAUUGAUAAGUGCCAAAGCAAACAAUCCAAAAAGGCCACAAAAAUGUCACAACCAAAAUCAAAGUAUCUGCCUGGAGAGAGUCUCCUUAAUGAAUGUGGAAGAGGUCCAUUUAUCCUGGGACACACCCGGCCCAGGUGUUUCCCAUAUAGCUGACGACCCUCCAAACUCCGCCCACCGGCAUCCUAAUAAGGAAACAAGAGCAAAGAGAAAAUACGGCAGACAGAGUGGAAGGGUCGUCACACCCCCCCCCAUAAGACCGGGGACCAACAAGGACCCCGGACCAACGUACCAGCCCCUGCGUCCCAAACCGACAAUUUGUACAUGUUCACCCCUCCACUUGCCCCACCCAUCAUCCUCCUCUCCAGACCUCAGCAACCUUUACACAGGAAGCAACCUUUAAGAGGAAAGAAAAACACAAGACUAGGAGGGGACAAACAGGAAAGAUAGAACAUGACAAAAUCAAACACUGGUCGGUCACAUCAAUAUUCAUGAACAGGGCGCACGAGAGAGCGCAUCAGCAAUCACGUUAUCAGUCCCCCGGAUGUGCCGCACAUCUAGAUGGAAAGAUUGUAAAAAUAAACACCAUCUCAUUAUCCUCUGAUUAGGACACCUCAUGGACCUCAAAAAUGUGAGAGGGUUAUGGUCGGUGUAGACCACAAUAGGUACUACACCCGACCCAACAUACACUUCAAAGUGUUUGUAGCGCCCAUAUAAGUGCUAAUGCUUCUUUUUCAAUGACCGAAUAGUUCAACUGAUAAUGGUUAAACUUUUUGGAAAAGAAACUAACAGGCCUCUCAACCCCAGCCACAUCUGCUUGCAGCAACACUGCACCCGCCCCCACAUGACUAGCAUCCACCUGCAAGGUAAAUGACAAAUCCACACGAGGAGCAGCCAGUACCGGAGUUGAAGUAAGCAACCUCUUUGCAUCUUCGAAAGCCUGUUGACAAUGAGAAGACCAUACGUACACAGCCUUAGCUUUCAGCAAAUCUGUCAAGGGAGCGACCACAGUAGAGAAGUUCCUACAAAAAACCACGAUAAUACCCAAUCAUUCCCAAGAAACGCAUCAGUUCCUUUUUAGUAGUUGGUAGUGGAAAAGCAUCAAUAGCUACCACUUUAGCCCGAACAGGACGCACUUCACCCUGCCCAACCACCUUUCCAAGGUAUGUAACAGUCGCCUGAGCAAACUCACAUUUAGCCAAAUUUAUCGUGAGACGACCCGCAGCCAGACGUUCGAACAAGGCUUGAAUACGGGACAGAUGUUCCUCCCAAGUAUCUGCAUAUAUCACUACAUCGUCCAGAUAAACAGCGCACCCGGCCAGACCAGAGACAACCCUGUUCAUAAGUCGCUGAAAAGUUGCAGGCGCAUUACGCAGCCCGAAACUCAUAACCGAAUACGAGUACAGACCAAAAGGUGUAAUAAAGGCAGAGAUUUCACGUGCCCUACUCGUCAGUGGCACCUGCCAAUAGCCCUUUAACAGGUCAAAUUUGCUCACAAACUUAGCUGCGCCGACUUGAUCAACGCAGUCCUCCAUCCGAGGAAGAGGAAAUGAAUCCGGCUUAGUGACAUCGUUUACCUUACGGUAGUCCGUACAAAAUCUGUUUGUUCCAUCCGAUUUACUGACCAAGAUACAGGGAGAAGCCCAACUGGAGAAAGAAGGCUCUGCUAUUUUACUCUCCAGCAUGUACCUGACCUCAGCAUCCAGACAACGCAGUUUCUCUGAAGAAACUCUAUAGAACCGUUGACGAAUGGGGUCAGCAUCUCCAAUGUCAAUAUCAUGUUCUAUUAAGUUUGUACGUGUUUGGUGUAUCAGAAAACAACCCUGGAAAUCUCCGAAUCAGACCCACCAUCUCUUUCCGCCCAUCAACAGGUAGAUGAGUAAGAAGACUAUCUAAAAUCUCCAGUGUCUCUGAAUUCUUCAAUCUACCCUGCAGUAUGCAAUCGUCGGGACCAGAAACAUCUUCCUGCUCCUGCACAGACCUAGCAUGACCAGAAUCCAGGGAAUAAACAGUAUCAGCCAAAAGAACAGCCUUACCGUCCUCUGUAGACUCCCCCUGUUCAGUCUCAGAGGAACGUGCAUAAUAGGGUUUUAACAAAUUUAUAUGGCACAGUUGGUGUGCUUUCCUCCGUUCUGGAGUGGCAACUAGAUAAUUUUGCUCAGUGUACUGGCGCACCACUGUAUAUGGACCUUGAAACUUGGCUUGAAAAGGAGAACCAACAAUUGGCAGCAGAGCCAGAACCUGAUCACCUGGACUAAAGUGACGAGGCUCAGCUCGCCGAUCAUAUAUGCUCUUCAUCCUGUCCUGUGAAGAUGAUAGCUUCUCUUUAGCCAUUUCACCAGCGGCAUACAAGCGUCUCCGAAAAUCACACACAUAUGAUAACAGGGACUGAGGAGGCUCGGGAGACUUCCAGUCAUCCUGGAGAACAGAUAAAAGCCCACGCACCUUAUGUCCAAACACUAGGUCAUUUGGGCUAAAACCUGUGCUCUCCUGUGAAACCUCCCUAGCAGCUAACAGUAACCAAGGCAACCCCCUCCUCCCAAUCCUUAUCCAUCUCAGUACAAUAAGCUCUCAACAAAGACUUAAGCGUUUGAUGGAAACGUUCCAGUGCUCCUUGACUUUGGGCAUGAUAAGCGCUAGACAAGUUGUGUUUAAUAUGGAGUUGUUGGAGAACCUGUCCAAAGAGAUUAGAGGUGAAAUUAGAUCCUUGAUCACUUUGAAUGACCUUAGGGAUUCCAAACAGUGAGAAAAACUGAGUCAAAGCUUUUAACACAGACUUAGUCGUGAUAGACCGGAGAGGAUAGGCAGCAGGAAACCUAGUGGUCUGACACAUCACAGUCAACAAAUAAUUACUACCCUUUCUGGAACGAGGCAGAGGACCAACACAGUCAAUAAUCAGAUACUCAAAAGGUUUACUGAGUACAGGAAUAGGGAACAGUGGUACCGGCUUAAUAGCUUGAUUAGGUUUACCAGUUAAUUGACAGGUGUGACAAGUUUUGAUGAAAUCAGAAACAUCCCUCUUUAAUCUGGCCAAAAGAAAUGUCGUAAUAUGCGAUUGUAGGUUUUUCUCACACCCAUAUGCCCAGCAACGUCGUUGUGAGAAGUUGUCAGCACCAACUCACGAAGCUUAACUGGUACCACAACCUGACUAAUCGCCUCCCCCAGAAAACAACUACCAUGAGACAUCCACUUUCUCAUCAGGACCUCCUCUUGGAGAAAAUAACCCUGUGUGACAUCUCCCAACUGUUCCACAGGCACAAUUUGGUCCCGCAACUCUUCUAAUGUAGGGUCAGUCCGUUGCGCCUCGAUUAAAUCGGAGCGGGAUACAGAUAACGGGAUAACAGAGAAAACAGUAACAGACUUCUUUAUGGUAUUCUCGUUAGCCAGCUCCGUGACCAGGUCGUCAUGGAUCAUAGAACGCGUCACUGCACACGCAGAAAAACACCUCUGGGAAAUUCUGCGCACUCUCAUCAGGAAUCCCUACAAUUGACGGCUUAGUGGAAACCACUAAAGAUGGAGACACGAUAGGCCACACACGCUCCCCAGCCAAGUUAUUUCCAAGGAUCACGUCAAUACCCUCAAUAGGCAAUGAAGGACGCACCCCCACAACAACCUCACCUUUCACCAGUCCACAAUCCAACAUCAGUUUAUGCAAUGGAACUGACAGAGUGUUCAAACCUAUUCCCCUAAUUAGAACACUAUUCCCCGAAUCAGUCUCCGCAGAGAAGGGUAACACAGAUUCCAACACAAAUGAUUCAGAGGCACCUGUGUCUCUUAGGAUCUUUACUGGCACUAAGUUCUUACUUCCUACCAUAGACACAAAACCCUCCGUAACGAAAGGUAAAUAGUCGGGAUCAAUAUAAGCCUUCACCUGGCUCCGGGCAUGAGACAAUGCGUCAUGAGUGAACUGAUGUGGAACAGGCGCGGCUAACGCUGCAGGCCUCGAUUUACCAUAAGCCCCUGUACUGAAUUUACCCCUAGACCUAAGAAUCGGACAUUCAUUUUUCCAAUGACCUAAUUCUUGACAGUAGUGACAUUCUUGACCAACGUCAGUUUUACCACGGGUAUCAGGCUCAACCCUAUUUGAAUGAAACUCUGCCCGGGAACCGAAGUAUCUCGGCGAGCGCGGCCCAAAUCUCUGCGAACGCCCCCACUCACUCCGAAUACGGGGUUCUGCAAAAAACAUUUUUGUGAGUCAACACAUAUUCAUCUGCCAAAACCGCAGCUUCAGCGACAGUCUUUAUUUUUCGUUCGUUAAUGUACGUCGCUAUACGAUCAGGGAUUGUGUCCUUAAAUUGUUCUAACAUAAUCAGAUCACACAGCCCUUGGAAAGUCAUAACUGCAGAGGCAGAACACCAGCGAUUGAACUGUGAAGAUAAUAUUCGCGCAAAACUCAACAUGAGUCUGCUGAUCAUCCCUUUUUAAAGUUCUAAAUCGUUGGCGGUAAGCCUCAGGGACCAAUUCAUAACUCUUUAACACAGCCAUUUUAACCUUCUCAUAACUAACACUGUCUGCUACACUAAGAGCUGAAUAUGCUUCUUGCGCUUUACCAGUCAGCACACACUGCAACAUCAAAGUGCGAUCAGAAUCAGGCCAACUCCUAGCGUCAGCAACACGCUCAAACAACGAAAAGAAUGUCUCCGGGUCCUUUUCAUUAAACUGGGGCAACAACCGUAAAUUCCCUACAACAUCAAAUGUGUCUGGAUUACGACCAAAAGAGGAACGACCCCUAGGUAACUCUGGGUCACCUUCCCAGAGUAAACUCUCCCCUGAGAGCUUUCCUUCCCUGACCAACUCUAGUCGCUCUUGUUGCAGCUUGAUUUUAGCACGCUCCAUAUCCUGUUUAAAUUCCAAUUCCCUUUCAUAUUUUACACGAUCAUGCUCCAUUUUAGCUCUUUGUCCAUUUGUUCAUGCUCUAGCUGUAACAGAAGCAGUUCUUUCUGCUGUUCAAAAAGAAGACCACUAUGACUAACCGAUGGAGCGGUCAUUGUAACAUAUCGGGGGAGACAACGUGUCCUCAGCAGAGGCUGCCCCAGUGGUAACAUCCAGAAUACCACUCUCCAUCAAAUUGGCCUUCAAUAUUAACCUAAUAGAAUUUUUUAGGCGUUUAUCACUAAUUUCAACCUUGUAGUGUUCAGCAACCUUCAACAGCUGUUCUUUAGUACAUAAUUCCAACAGUUCUUCUGAUGGAAAGCGAAUGAACUCAUCUACAUUAGACGCCAUAAUCAGGAGAAAAAAAAAAAAUAUAUAUAUAUAUCAUAAUAAUCUUGCUCAACCCCUCUGCUGAGCACACCAGACACAAGAGAAAUGACAAUCACACCGAGCACCACAGAAGAGAGCUGGGAUAUGGAGCUUCCCCAAAACCUACAAUAACUCAACCCUAGUCUUCGUGCAGAUUCGCGGUGGGUAAUUACGCACUGUAGCCCGCUGGCAAGGAAUUAAACCCCCCAGCACGCUGGUAGAUUUCCCCAAGCCACGGAUGUGCCCCCGAGACAACUGCUCAGUCCACUGACACCACACAAAAAUAACAAACAUUUAACCAUGCCCAACGUAUCCCAAAACAAAACACGUCACUAAGCCUAUCAGGGGAAAAAGCUAUAGCUCCGGGUAGCAAAUGUCACUACCCUACCCAAUCUCCCACUGAGGUACACAGCCGAUUGUACUCACCUCCUCAGACCGAUGUCCCAACAGCGAGUAGAGCAAAGAGUUUCCAGGCUGGGCAGGGACUGGAAAACUAACCAAUGUACUCUCUCGAACGCAGUACAAAACCCAAAGGCAACCAAUACUGGCCUAUCAACCUCAAACAAACUAACAAAAUUUACAACGAAAGACCCUACAGAAUUGGACAUUAACUCCACGUUCUCCCAAACACAACCAGUUCAAUAUCCCAGACGAGCCCCCACUUGUCACGAACCGGCUCAAGUUCGUAACAAAAGGGAGACACGUGGAGACAAGGAGUACUCAAAGUAUAUAUUUAUUAAUUAAAGUAACUAACUGAAAUAACAAUGGCGUGUGUAAUCAGUAAUCAGUAGUGUAAGUGAGUGUUUGCUUGCAUAAAUGUAAUAUAGAAAAGUAUUGAUAAGUGCCAAAGCAAACAAUCCAAAAAGGCCACAAAAAUGUCACAACCAAAAUCAAAGUAUCUGCCUGGAGAGAGUCUCCUUAAUGAAUGUGGAAGAGGUCCAUUUAUCCUGGGACACACCCGGCCCAGGUGUUUCCCAUAUAGCUGACGACCCUCCAAACUCCGCCCACCGGCAUCCUAAUAAGGAAACAAGAGCAAAGAGAAAAUACGGCAGACAGAGUGGAAGGGUCGUCACACUAACACACACAGACUAACACACAGACUAACACACAGACUAACACAGAGACUAACACACAGCCUAACACACAGAAUAACACACAGACUAACACACAGACUAACGCACAGACACACACACACAGACUAACACACAGACUAACACACAGACUAACACACAGACGCACACACAGACGCACACACAGACGCACACACAGACUAACACACAGACUAACACACAGACACGCACAGACACACGCACACAGACACACGCACAGACACACACACAGACACACACACACACACACGCACAGACACACACACAGACUUACACACAGACGCACACACAGACGCACACACAGACGCACACACAGACACGCACAGACACACGCACACAGACACACACAGACACACACACACACAGACACACACAGACACACACACAGAUGCACACACAGACUAACACACAGACACACGCACAGACGCACACACAGACGCACACACAGACUAACACACAGACUAACACACAGACACGCACAGACACACGCACACAGACACACGCACAGACACACACUCACAGACACACACAGACACACGCACAGACACGCACAGACACACACACACACAGACUUACACACAGACUUACACACAGACUUACACACAGACGCACACACAGACUAACACACAGACUAACACACAUACACGCACACAGACGCACACACAGACGCACACACAGACGCACACACAGACUAACACACAGACACACGCACAGACUAACACACAGACACGCACAGACACACGCACACAGACACACGCACAGACACACACACAGACGAACACACAGACGCACACACAUACUAACACACAGACACACGCACAGACACACGCACACAGACUAACACACAGACGGACACACCGACGCACGCACACAGACACACGCACAGACGCACACACAGACGGACACACAGACGCACACACAUACUAACACACAGACACGCACAGACACACGACACACCAGGACACACGCACAGACACACACACGGACUAAACACACAGACUAACACACAGACUAACCACACCCACAGAACUAACACACACAGACUAACCACACACAGACUUAACACACAGAUCUAACACAAAGACUAACACAAGACUAACAACAGGGAAACAACACAGACUAACACACAGACGAACAGACCCACAGAACACACACAGAAUAAACACACAGGAUAACCAAGACUAACACACAGAAAACACAGACUCAACACACACAGACUAACACCACACAGACUAACACACAGGAUAACACAAGACUACACACACAGACUAACACACAGGGCCACACACACACGACAAACCAACAGGACUAACACAAGACUAACACACAGAACCACACAAACAGACGCACCACAAUUACUAACACACAGCACGCCAAGGACACACGCACACAGGGACACACGCACAGACACACGCACAGACAACCGCAACACAGAGCACACACAGACGCACCACACAGACAACACAACAGAUAACACCCAGACUAACAACAGGACUAACACACAGACUAAACACACAGACGAACACCACAGACACACACCAGGACUAACACACAACUACCACAGACUAACACACACAGACUAACACACACAGACUAACACACAGACUAACACACAGACGCACACACAGACGCACACACAGACACACACACAGACUAACACACACAGACUAACACACAGACUAACACACAGACUUAACACACACAGACUAACACACAGACUAACACACAGACUAACACACAGCCUAACACACAGAAUAACACACAGACUAACACACAGACUAACGCACAGACACACACACACAGACUAACACACAGACUAACACACAGACGCACACACAGACGCACACACAGACUAACACACAGACUAACACACAGACUAACACACAGACUAACACACAGACUAACACACAGACUAACACACAGACACGCACAGACACACGCACACAGACACACACACACAGACACACACAGACACACGCACAGACACACACACAGACUUACACACAGACGCACACACAGACACACACACAGACGCACACACAGACACGCACAGACACACGCACACAGACACACACACAGACACACACACACAGACACACACACAGAUAAACACACAGACUAACUACACAGACACACGCCACAAGACGCACACCACAGACGCCACCACCGAUAACACACAGACACGCAAGACACACGCACACAGACACAAGCCACAGGACACCACACACCAGACCACGCACAGAACACCACGACAGACACACACAACAAGGACUACACACAGGACGACAACAGGACUUACACACAGACGCACACACAAAGACUAAAACACACAGACUCACACACAUCCACAGCCCACGACGCACACACAGACGCACACACAGACGCAACACAGGACUUAACCCACAGACACAGCACAGACUAACACACAGACACGCACAGGAACCCCGCACACCGACAACGCAACAGAACACACACAGACGGGACACACAGACGCGAAAGACCACACUACUAACAAACAUACUAAAACACGACUAACACACAGACUAACACACAUAACUAAACACAGACAACGAAGCACACGCACACAGAUAACACACAGCCGGACACACAGACGCACGCACACAGACACACGCCACAGACGCACACACAGACGGAAACACAGACGCACACACAUACUAACACAACGACACCGCACAGACACACGAACACAGACACACGCACAGGACACACACACAGGGGGGGGGGGGGACACACAACACAGAACACACACACCAGACGACACACAGCCUUACACACCAGACGCCACACAGAAGCACACACAGCCCUAAAACACAGGCUGAACACACAGACUAAACAAGACUACACAACAGCCUCUCAACACAGGACUGAACACACCAGACACACACACAAGACUAAACACACGACUAACCACACAUACUAACACACGGACUAACACACAGACGAACACACGACUAACACACAGACUAACACACAGACUAACAAACGGGGACUCAACACAGAAACACACACAGGCAUAACACACAGACUAACACACAGACUAAAACACGGGAACUAACAGACACAGACGAACACACAGACUAACACACCAGACGACAACAGACUAAACCACCAGACACACAACAGGACUAAACACCACACAGACUAAACUACACACAACAGGACUAAACACACAGACUCUAACCCACAGACUAACACACACAGACUAAACACAGACACACACACCAGGAUUUAACACCACAGACUAAAACACAGGACUAACAAACAGGGACACACAACGCACGCAACCACAAGACGACACACAGACACGCCACACAGACGCACACAAAUGACGAACACACAGCCACGCACAGACACACGCAAACAGGACACCAACGCACAGGCACAGACACACACCCACAGACGCACCACAUCAGACUACACCAGACUACCCACACACACCCGACAACACACAAGGACGAACACACAGCUAACACAAGACUAACACACGCACACACACAGACUAACACACGCCGAACACCCAGACGCCACACACGGACUACCCACAGACACACACACAGACUACACACCAAACAGACUAAAACACACACAGACUAAACACAACAGACUAACACACACAGCCUAACACACACAGACUAACACACACAGAAUAAACACAGACUAACACACAGCCUAACACACGACGCACACCAGACUAACACAACUGAGAAACAAGACAAACACAGACACACACACGCCGCACAAAAAGACGCACACACCAGAGCACACACAGACACACCACACACAGGAGCAACACAUACAAACACCACAGGACCCGCAAGAAACAAGCACACAGCACACGCACCAGACACACACACAACAGACGAACACACAGACGCACCACCAGACGCACACACAAGCGUACACCCAGACGCACACACAGGACUAACACACAAGCACUAACACACACCAGACUAAACACCACACCAGACUUAACACACAGACUACACACGACUAACACAACACAGGACUACCACACACCGACUAACACACAGACUAACACACAGACUAACACACAGACUAACACACAGACUAACACACAGACUACACACACACACAGACUAACACACAGACUAACACACAGACUAACACACAGACUAGCACACAGACUAGCACACAUACUAACACACAGACGCACACACAGACACACACACAGACACACACACAGACUAACACACAGACUAACACACAGACACACAUACAGACACACACACAGACUAACACACAGACGCACACACAGACGCACACACAGACGCACACACAGACGCACACACAGAUGCACACACAGACGCACACACAUAUGCUCACAUGCACACACACGCACGCACGGAUGCACAAACACACACACAUGAAUAAACACACACUUUCCUGCUGUACUGUCAGAGCCUGGCCUCGUUGACCUCCCAGGUGACCUUUGGGUUUGUUUCCAGGUUGAGUGGCUGUAGGGUCGCAUGUCAGUUUUACCAUUCCGGGCCAGCAGAGGGAGUCCCUGCUAACCAGUAGAUUCAAGCGAUUUUUUUUUAGGUCGGUUCGAUUAUUUAAAAAAUAAUCACUGUUUUCAGUUUCGGUUUCAUACAUUUUUUGGGAUAUUAAAUGCACUAUGCAUUAUGUGGGUUGAAUGUUUUAAGAACACAGAAUAAAAGUCCCAUGAUGGUAGUGACCACUCAUAACUGCUUAUAAUAAUAUGCCAUUUAGCAGACGCUUUUAUCCAAAGCGACUUACAGUCAUGUGUGCAUACAUUUUUACUUAUGGGUGGUCCCGGGGAUCGAACCCACUACCCUGGCGUUACAAGCGCCGUGCUCUACCAAUUGAGCUACAGAGGACCAUAAUUAAUAAAAGUCCCAUGAUGGUAGUGACCACUCAUAACUGCUUAUCGCUUAGUAACCUUCAUUUAUUGACAUUACUUUAAUAAAAUAUUUAAGUUGUUGUGUAUAAUACAUUUGUUUUAAGUUUAUUUAAUGACUUUAUUAUUUAAUUCCAAGUCCUUGUCUCAUAGCUUCUGUCUGACCAAAUCACUAUUUUAGUAGUUCUUCGUAGUAAAUAUGGCAUACUUUUAUUGACUGCUCAAUAUCAACUAUCAAUCUUAGAUCAUGUAUUUUCAGGUAGAGAUACCUCACGAAGCAGCUACUCUCUUUCCCUCUCGAUCGCGUGUUUUUCUGUCUCUUCUCUCAGUCUCAGACCGGACAAGUAGGCGCGCAAUGGAUUAUGAUUAUGGUCGGUAAACUAUGUAGAAUAUAGGCCUAUUAGAAUCUAUAACACCCUGAUACAUCACACCAUUCGUGCUUGAUCUGAUUUAUCUCUAGAGAAACUGUGCAUUGCGUUCACAGAAGAAGAAAAAACAGAACUAAAUGGAAUUCAAAUAAUUGAAGGACGUCGGUCAAUUAGUUGUUUAAAAACUGAAAAAGAACAAACUUUCGGUUAAUCGCUCAUCACUACCAAAAUAUAAUCUAUGCGUUUUUUCAACAUUGUUACUCCUGGUAAGUAGCAGCGACUUCAGUUGGGCUCUGUUUUGGUUUCUGGAUUAAACAUAGGCCCACUUCCUCUUUUGACUUCCUUUUCCUGUACUGAUUAGAGUUCAUAUGGUCCUCUAAUGUCUUGCCAGACAUGAAAGAGAGAGAGAGAUGGAGAGAUAUCUAGCUAAACUCUAAACUUUAUUCAUUCACUCUAAGUGACUCUCUGCUAUAACUCCCAGCUUUGAUGUCAUUUCCUGUCCUUUGUUAACCUCCUCUCCCUCUUCUUUAUUCUCCAGCCCUGGCCUAUGCCACCGCCCAGGGGCCAGACCACGCCCACGGCUGUACCCAUGGCAGCUGUUACCCCGCAACGGGAGAUCUGUUGGUGGGCCGUGAGAAGAGCCUGAAGGCCUCGUCUACCUGUGGCUCCAGGAAGAAAGAGCCUUACUGUAUUGUCAGUCAUCUACAGGCAAGUGAUGUUUAUCUGUGUGUGUGUGUGUGUGUCCAACAUCCUCUCACCUACCAUCUCACCUCCCUCUGUCCCGAGCUUCUGUUUGACCCCUGACCUGUGUCACCUCUGACCCCUGUAGGAUGAGAAGAAAUGUUUCCAGUGUGACUCUCGCCGACCAUAUGACCCUGUCUACAACACCAUCAGUCACCGCAUUGAGAACGUCAUCACAACCUUCAAACCACACCGCAAGAAGUCCUGGUGGCAGUCAGAGAAUGGUGAGAAUUGAGAUUGCAUUCAUUGGGGUUGCACUCCCAUCCAUGUUUAAAGACAUGCUCCAGAACUUUGGCGACUAGUAAAGUUGAAACUUCAAGUUUCAAAGUGUAUUCGCCACGUGCACAGGAUACAACAGGUGUAAAACAGUACAGUGAAAUUCUUACCUUGAGAGCUCUUUCCCAACAAUGCAGUGAUAUUAAUAAUAUAGAUAAUAAUAGAAAAUAGAAUAAACAAAUAAAAGUACAAAUAAAAACCAAACAAGAACUACGAUGAAAGUUAAAUUAAACACGAGAAUGCAAGUAUAUACAGGUCAGUGUCAGUACCUUAUUCAAUGUGCAGGGGUACUGGAGUGGUUGUUGUAUAUACAGGUCAGUGUCAGUACCUUAUUCAAUGUGCAGGGGUACUGGAGUGGUUGAAUAUACAGGUCAGUAUCAGUACCUUAUUCAAUGUGCAGGGGUACUGGAGUGGUUGUAUGUACAGGUCAGUAUCAGUACCUUAUUCAACGUGCAGGGGUACUGGAGUGGUUGUAUAUACAGGUCAGUAUCAGUACCUUAUUCAAUGUGCAGGGGUACUGGAGUGGUUGUUGUAUAUACAGGUCAGUAUCAGUACCUUAUUCAAUGUGCAGGGGUACUGGAGUGGUUGUAUGUACAGGUCAGUGUCAGUACCUUAUUCAAAGUGCAGGGGUACUGGAGUGGUUGUUGUAUAUACAGGUCAGUGUCAGUACCUUAUUCAAUGUGCAGGGGUACUGGAGUGGUUCUAUAUACAGGUCAGUGUCAGUACCUUAUUCAAUGUGCAGGGGUACUGGAGUGGUUGUAUGUACAGGUCAGUGCCAGUACCUCAUUCAAUGUGCAGGGGUACUGGAGUGGUUGAGGUGGGUUUAUACAUACAGAUAAUUUGAUAAAAGCAGGAAAUGCAAAGUUCUAGUGUAUUUGAGUUUCAAAAAGGCUUCAAAAGUUUGUAAUUUCCCCUUUGAAAUGUCAGACUUAAUUUGUCCUAACGAAGAAUGUAUCAACCCCUACAAAAAUGUCCAUUAAUUAUAAUCCACAUAAUAAUUCACAUUUCCUGUUGAUGCAGGAUUAUUUUCCUGCUGUAGCAAACUGGCUCAAAUUAAGAUCCUACAUCUGUAAAAAGUGACUGGUAGUAGGAUAUACAUUUAAAUAGGGCUGAAAAGUGACUGGUAGCAGGAAUAUAUAAAUAAUUAUGGUAAUAUACUAAUGGUAAUAUAUACAUAUAAACAGGAGUAAUAGUGACCAGUAACAGGAGAGAUAUAUCAAUAAGCAAUGGAAAGCAGCUUAAUGGAGUAAUACAUCUAAUCAAUAAUAAUUUUAGCAGCAGCGUAGGUUGUGUCUGAGUGGGUUGAGAGGGGCAUAGAGUUAGUGUGGACAGUCUGUGGGAGAGGGAGAGCAGUAUUUGUUAGCCAUUUAACAGUCUUAUGGCCAGGGGAUUGAAGCUGUUUAGGAGUCUGUUUGUCUGAGUCUCGAUGCUUUGGGUUGGAUGUGUCAAUGUGUAGUUCAUACAUGUAUAAUCUAUGAGCAGAAUUACUGUUUUACCUCAAGUAGUCACGAAAUCCCUUGUUUGAAAGCAACUAUUUACUGGAAGCUGUGCUGCGACAUUUUCCCUACAUUUUCCCCACGUGGGCCAGCCCCAUAACAAUUGGAGUUCCAGCCAAUGAGCUUCAGCCCCUUGCCAUUGGAGUGACAGCGAGCAAGAUGCACACAGAGCAGAGCGAGAGAAAGAGAGAGCAAUGACUUGGUGCAUUAUGUGACGUAGUACGCAAUUUUCAGAGACCAAUUUUGGCUUGUGAGCGCUACUUUCAGAACUACUGGCUAAAAAGGAUACAGAAGUACUGGAUAAUCCCUUUAAAUGUAUAUACAGCAAUUGAACAUUGUACAGAAAAUAAUUCAUCAUGUUGCAGCUUUUGAGAAAGUAUAGUGAACCGUGGACCUUAUGGGAAGCAGUGUUAAAUAAAAAAGAUUUGUGCUCAAUUAUCUUUGCCCUCUGCCUUUGGUAACAUGAUAUGCCCCCACAUGCAGCUGCCUGUGCUAUGAACUCAUGCAGAAGCCAUAUUAUUAGAGGCCUAAUCUUGGUUACCACUAUUAAUAACAGGUCUGCUCAAAGGCCGAGAAAGAGAGGGGGAGUGGGAGGAAUGAUGAGGGAAGCAAGAAAAGAGAGACGUAGUGAGAAAUGGGAGAGAGGGAGGGAGAGGAGGAGAGAGGGAGGGAGAUAUGGGAGAAAAGGGGGGGAAGGGCGGAGGGAUAUAAAUGGGAGAGGGGGAGGGAGAAAGGGGGGAGCUUUUUUGGGGGUUUGGGAAUUUUGGCCCAAAAUUUGGGGGGGGGGUUUUUUGGGGAAAAUUUUUUUUCGGCCUUUUGUUUCUUAGGUUUUUCUUUUGGGUUUCCCCGUUUUCUUCCCCUUUUUUUUCAAUUUUUUCCUCUAAAUUUUGUGGGGAAAACUGGGUUUUUUUUUUUGGGUUUUUUUUUCUUACCCGUUGGUUUUUUCCCGGUUUGUGGGGGGUUUUUUUUUUUUCUUUUGUCCCCUUUGUGUCUUUGUUGGUUUUUUGGGGCUUUUUUGUAUUUUUUUUUUUUUUUUUUUUGCUUAUUUUUUUUUUGGGGUUUUUUCAAAAUUUUUAAAAUAAAAAGGGGGAAAAAUCCUUUAACAAAAUUUAUUCCCUCACCAUUUAUUUUUUGGGGUUGCUCUGUUCUGGACCCCAUGAAAUUUUAAAUUUAAUCCAUUAUUAAUUAAUUAUAUUUCUAUGGUUCAGGAGGACCUUCAACGCCCAGAGGUCCACAGACUCCAUUACACUAAAUCACCCUCCAUCAGAAUCUCUCUGUACGGUAGUAUACUCUGCAUGGACCAGCCAGCAGCCACAGGCCCACAGCUGUGUCUAUGGGAAUUGGGGAUAAUAACAGACCCGGCUGAACCCUAGCUUGGAACUCCAACAAAGACAGGAACACGAAAGAGAAGAGAGGAGAGGAGGGCGGGGAGGGAGGGAGGGAGGGAGUCAGAUGAAGAGUGGGAUCUGGAGAGAAAGAGUGAGAGGGGGUACACUGAGGGAAGGAAGGAAGAUGAGAUUUAGAGAAAAGCUCAGCAGUUCUCCUUCUUCAUUGUUAAUACACAUACUGCAGACAAAAGUACAAUUUCAAAUCAAAUCAAAUCAAAUCAAAUCAAAUUUUAUUGGUCACAUGCGCCGAAUACAACAGGUGCAGACAUUACAGUGAAAUGCUUACUUACAGCCCUUAACCAACAGUGCAUUUAUUUUAAACAAAAAAGUAAGAAUAAAACAACAACAAAAAAGUGUUGAGAAAAAAAAAAGAGCAGAAGUAAAAAAUAAAGUGACAGUAGGGAGGCUAUAUAUACAAUAGAAUAAAGUGACAGUAGGGAGGCUAUAUAUACAGGGGGGUACCGUUGCAUAGUCAAUGUGCGGGGGCACCGGCUAGUUGAGGUAAUAUGUACAUGUGGGUAGAGUUAAAGUGACUAUGCAUAAAUACUUAACAGAGUAGCAGCAGCGUAAAAAGGAUGGGGUGGGGGGGGCAGUGCAAAUAGUCCGGGUAGCCAUGAUUAGCUGUUCAGGAGUCUUAUGGCUUGGGGGUAGAAGCUGUUGAGAAGUCUUUUGGACCUAGACUUGGCACUCCGGUACCGCUUGCCGUGCGGUAGCAGAGAGAACAGUCUAUGACUAGGGUGACUGGAGUCUUUGACAAUUUUGAGGGCCUUCCUCUGACACCGCCUGGUAUAGAGGUCCUGGAUGGCAGGGAGCUUUGCCCCAGUGAUGUACUGGGCCGUACGCACUACCCUCUGUAGUGCCUUGCGGUCAGAGGCCAAGCAGUUGCCAUACCAGGCGGUGAUGCAACCAGUCAGGAUGCUCUCGAUGGUGCAGCUGUAGAAUUUUUUGAGGAUCUGAGGACCCAUGCCAAAUCUUUUUAGUCUCCUGAGGGGGAAUAGGCUUUGUCGUGCCCUCUUCACGACUGUCUUGGUGUGUUUGGACCAUGAUAGUUCGUUGGUGAUGUGGACACCAAGGAACUUGAAGCUCUCAACCUGUUCCACUACAGCCCCCGUCGAUGAGAAUGGGGGCGUGCUCAGUCCUCUUUUUUUUCCUGUAGUCCACAAUCAUCUCCUUUGUCUUGGUCACGUUGAGGGAGAGGUUGUUGUCCUGGCACCACACGGCCAGAUCUCUGACCUCCUCCCUAUAGGCUGUCUCAUCGUUGUCGGUGAUCAGGCCUACCACUGUUGUGUCGUCGGCAAACUUAAUGAUGGUGUUGGAGUCGUGCCUGGCCAUGCAGUCAUGGGUGAACAGAGAGUACAGGAGGGGACUGAGCACGCACCCCUGAGGGGCCCCCGUGUUGAGGAUCAGUGUGGCAGAUGUGUUGUUACCUACCCUUACCACCUGGGGGCGGCCCGUCAGGAAGUCCAGGAUCCAGUUGCAGAGGGAGGUGUUUAGUCCCAGGAUCCUUAGCUUAGUGAUGAGCUUUGAGGGCACUAUGGUGUUGAAUGCUGAGCUGUAGUCAAUGAAUAGCAUUCUCACGUAGGUGUUCCUCUUGUCCAGGUGGGAAAGGGCAGUGUGGAGUGCGAUAGAGAUUGCAUCAUCUGUGGAUCUGUUGGGGCGGUAUGCAAAUUGGAGUGGGUCUAGGGUUUCUGGGAUUAUGCUGUUGAUGUGAGCCAUGACCAGUCUUUCAAAGCACUUCAUGGCUACAGACGUCAGUGCCACGGGUCGGUAGUCAUUUAGGCAGGUUAUCUUAGAGUUCUUGGGCACGGGGACUAUGGUGGUCUGCUUGAAACAUGUUGGUAUUACAGACUCAGUCAGGGACAUGUUGAAAAUGUCAGUGAAGACACUUGCCAGUUGGUCAGCACAUGCUCGGAGUACACGUCCUGGUAAUCCGUCUGGCCCUGCGGCCUUGUGAAUGUUGACCUGCUUAAAAGUCUUACUCACAUCGGCUACGGAGAGCGUGAUCACAUAGUCGUCCGGAACAGCUGGUGCUCUCAUGCAUGCUUCAGUGUUGCUUGCCUCGAAGCGAGCAUAGAAGUGGUUUAGCUCGUCUGGUAGGCUUGUGUCACUGGGCAGCUCGCGGCUGUGCUUCCCUUUGUAGUCUGUAAUAGUUUUCAAGCCCUGCCACAUCCGACGAGCGUCAGAGCCAGUGUAGUAUGAUUCAAUCUUAGACCUGUAUUGACUCUUUGCCUGUUUGAUGGUUCGUCGGAGGUCAUAGCGGGAUUUCUUAUAAGCGUCCGGGUUAGAGUCCCGUUCCUUGAAAGCGGCAGCUCUACCCUUUAGCUCAGUGCGGAUGUUUCCUGUAAUCCAUGGCUUCUGGUUGGGGUAUGUACGUACGGUCACUGUGGGGACGACAUCAUCGAUGCACUUAUUGAUGAAGCCAGUGACUGAUGUGGUGUACUCCUCAAUGCUGUCUGAAGAAUCCCUGAACAUGUUCCAGUCUGUGCUAGCAAAACAGUCCUGUAGCUUAGCAUCUGCGUCAUCUGACCACUUUUUUAUUAGCCGAGUCACUGGUGCUUCCUGCUUCAGUUUUUGCUUAUAAGCAGGAAUCAGGAGGAUAGAGUUAUGGUCAGAUUUGCCAAAUGGAGGGCGAGGGAGAGCUUUGUAUGCGUCUCUGUGUGUGGAGUAAAGGUGGUCUAGAGUUUUUUCCCCUCUGGUUGCACAUUUAACAUGCUGGUAGAAAUGAGGUAGAACGGAUUUAAGUUUCCCUGCAUUAAAGUCCCCUGCUACUAGGAGCGCUGCAUCUGGAUGAGCGUUUUCCUGUUGAUUAAUGGCCUUGUACAACUCAUUCAGUGCAAUCUUAAUGCCAGCAUUGGUUUGUGGUGGUAAAUAGACAGCUAUGAAAAGUAUAGAUGAAAACUCUCUUGGUAAAUAGUGUGGUCUACAGCUUAUCAUAAGAUACUCUACCUCAGGCGAGCAAAACCUUGAGACUUCCUUAGUAUUUGAUUUUGUGCACCAGCUGUUGUUUACAAAAAUACAGAGACCGCCACCCCUCGUCUUACCCGAGUCUGCCGUUCUGUCCUGCCGAUGUAGCGUAUAGCCUGCUAGCUGAAUGUUGUCAUUGUUGUCAUUCAGCCACGACUCCGUGAAACAUAAGAUAUUACAGUUUUUAAUGUCCCGUUGGUAGGAUAACCGUAAUCUUAAAUCGUCCAUUUUAUUAUCCAAAGCUUGAACGUUGGCUAAUAGGAUUGAUGGGAGAGGCAGUUUACUCGUUCGCCGUCGGAUCUUUACAAGGCACCCCGACCUACGUCCACGGUAUCUCCGUCUCUUCCUCACGCGAAUGACGGGGAUCUGGGCCUUGUCUGGAGUCUGUAGAAUAUCCUUCGCGAACGCCUCGUUGAAAAAAAAGUGUUCGUCCAACGCGAGGUGAGUAAUCGCUGUCCUGAUAUCCAGAAGCUCUCUUUGGUUAUAAGAGACGAUGGCAUAAACAUUAUGUACAAAAUAAAUUACAAAUAACGCGGAAAAACACACAUAAUAGUACAAUUGGUUAGAGGGCUGUAAAACAAUUUCAGGUCUAUGUCUGAGUGAUUGACUACUGUGGACCACUAUAGCACUGACUGUACUCUACGUAGAACACUGAGAGACAGGAAACAGUCACUAUUUUUUACUCUCGGUCUGCAUGGUGUAUCUGGCAGGACUUUAGAGUAUGUGAGAUGGAGCAGAGUGGGAUGCUUGUACUAUACGAGUGUUGACCACAGUCCCUGUGUCUCUCUCAUGAGGCCCUUUCCUUUACGAAGGGAUUGGAGUGGAAGGCUGGGUUGGGUCGGUACUGCUGUUCUGGAGAGCAGCCUGGCCCACUUCUACUAUGUUUGUCACUUCAGGACAGGUACCAAGUAUCGGUAGGCUAUUAGAAGGAUGUGCCAGUGGGUUGUUUCCGUUGGUGGAGUGUACCAGUUACUAAUUGCUCUCUAUUAGACAAGCCUCACAACAGCGGUGAUGGAGAAAAAAAACAUAGCACUAUUCGUUGUGUUCCCUCUCCCAUUCUGCAGCUCUUUCUCUCUUUUCUUCCCUUCCCUUAUGUUUGCUCAUUUUUCUCCUCCUGGCUACCUAGGUCUCUCUCCUCUCUCUCUCUCUCUCUCCUCUUCCCCUUCUCUCCUCUUCUCUCUCUCUCUCUCUCUCUUCUCUCUCUCUUCUCUCCCGUUCUCUCUCUCUCUCCUCUCCUCUCUCUCUCUCUCUCUCUCUCUCUCUCUCUCUCUCUCGUCGUCCCCUCUCUCUCCUCAUCGCAUCUCUCUCACUCCUCUUCCCUCUCGAUCGUCUCUCUUCCCUCUCCUUCUCCUCUCUUUCUCUCCCUCUCCUUCACCCUGACUCCUUGUCUCGAUCACCCAACCACCCUUCCUCUCCUGUCUCGCACUCUCCGUUUCCUUCCUGAUUAGCCAUUCAUUAAUGAGUGCAGGUUAUGGUUCACAGCCUAUAGCACAGACUCACAACCCCAACCGCCUAGAUCCAUUCUCUGUGUGUAUAUAUGUGUGUGUCAGGGUGUUCCAAAAGAUUCCUGAGACCCUCUCUGUUUUAAUUCCGGGAUUUCUUUGCUUUUUUCACAGUUCUGUCUCACUACACCACACUACACAACACUAUACUACCCUACACUACACUACACUACACUACACUACACAACACUACACUACACUACACUACACUACACUACACCACACUACACAACACUAUACUACACUACACUACACUACACUCAUCCACUACACAACACUACACCACACCACACUACACUACACUACACUACACUACACUACACUACACCUACACUACACUACACUACACUACACUACACUACACUACACCACACUACACAACACUACACCACACUACACAACACUAUACUACACUACACUACACUACACUACACUCAUCCACUACACAACACUACACCACACUACACUACACUACACCACACUACACUCAUCCACUAUACUACACUACACUACACUACACUACACACCUCAUCACUAUACUACACCACACCACACUACACUACACUACACUACACUACACUACACUCAUCCACUACACAACACUACACCACACCACACUACACUACACUACACCACACUACACUACACUACACUACACUACACUACACUACACUACACUAUACACUUUUAAAAACACUACACCACACUCAUCCACUAUACUACACCACACUACACUACACUACACUACACUACACUACACUACACUACACUACACUACACUACACCACACUACACCACACUACACCACACUCAUCCACUAUACUACACCACACUACACAACACUAUACUACACUACACUACACUACACUACACUCAUCCACUACACAACACUACACCACACCACACUACACUACACUACACCACACUACACCACACUCAUCCACUAUACUACCCCCACUACACAACACUAUACUACACUACACUAACACUACCCCUCCACUACACAACACUACAACACACCACACUACACUACACUACACCACACUACACUCAUCCACUAUACUACACUACACUACACUACACUACACUACACCACACUACACCACACUACACCACACUCAUCCACUAUACUACACCACACUACACUACACUACACUACACACCUACCUACACUACAACCUACCACACUACACCCACCACACUACACCCCACACUACACCACACACCACUCAACCCUAACACUACACCACGACACUACCCUACACUACACCAACACUAAACUACACCCCACCUACACACACCGCACGACUACACUACACCACCACACUACACCACCACCGCCUCCCACACACCACUACACUACCCUCACUACCUACACCCCACUUACACCACCACCAUACACCACCACACUACACCACUACACUACACCACCACACUACACUACACCACUACACUACACCACUAUACACCACUACACUACUAGACUACACCACUACACUACACCACCACACUACACCACACCACACCACAGCCUGCCUGCCUGCCUGAGGGGUAGCUAGUUAGUGAUGUUAAAUGUUGAGGUGCCACCCAUGAAGCUGUACUUCUCUCAUUACCUUGCUCAUUUUUUAAUGCGUCGAGUUAUGGAUUUGAUCGUUGUCUUACUGCUGUUUGUACUCACUUCAGACUGCAUUUGAAUAUCAGAAAGAAGCUCCUCGAAGCACUUAGCUUUAUGUGUUUAGGGUGUUCUCAGAGGAUUCCCUUUGAGCUACGUUGUGGCAUGUCGACAAAUUAGCUGUUAGAAAUUUGCAAGGGGACUUUUUGCUCUGGUUAUUAUGUUAUUUACUGUGCUGUAGCAGGGAAGUGUCCCAGCUGCUAGAAGGGGAAUACCCUCUUGGCAUAAGGCAGAACCCCCUCCAGUACUGGAACUCAAGACUCCUUCUCUCCCAAUGCAUUGUGAAUAGCAGCCCAACUCAAGUGGUUCUCCAGGAUGGAUGGUGCUCAGGAAGUGUGUGGGCUUACGCCAUGUGGUAGACCAUAGGAGACGUGAAUGCUUUUUCCUGUUCAGAUGCCAUUACUCAAGCCAAGAGACAGACAGGGGGUUCCCUCAAGACUGGUAGUUUGAGUUAUCACUGUGGUGAAAACAUGGGUCUACAUUUCCUGGAACAGACAGAUUGACAGGAUGAAUGACAGGUUGAAUGAAUUCAAUGUAUUGAAUAGCAACAGCAUAAAGCUUGAAAUAACCUCUCUCGUCUCUCUCUCUCUCUCUCUCUCUCUCUCUCUCUCUCUCUGUCUCUCUCUCUCUCUCUCUCUCUCAUUUUGUAUUCAGGAAAGCCUAAUGUCUUCAUUCAGCUGGACCUUGAGGCAGAAUUCCAUUUCACUCAUCUUAUCAUGACCUUUAAGGUUAGACAUGUCACAGAGCAAUUAGUAACCCUUAGGCAGUGUGUUAAACGUAUGCAUCAUAUUGAAAUGCCCUGUGUCUUCAAACGUGUCUACAUACAUCUCACCCCAUCCCUCUACUGUCACACAGACGUUUCGCCCAGCAGCCAUGGUGAUUGAGCGAUCGGCAGAUUUUGGACGUAACUGGCAGGUGUACCGCUACUUUGCCUACGACUGUGCCUCGGUCUUCCCCGGGAUAUCCAAAGGUCCCCUGCGCAAGGUGGAUGAUGUCACCUGUGAGUCCCGCUACUCUGACAUCGAGCCAUCCACAGAGGGAGAGGUGAGUCUGAUUGGCUAGAGAUAAAUCACUAUUACUAUUACAUAAUAAUUAAUAUAAUUAGCAGAUGCUUUUAUUCAAAGCGACUUAUAGUCAUGCAUAUGGGUGGCCCCGGGAAUCGAACCCACAAUCCUGGCCUUGCAAGCGCCAUUCUCUACCAACUGAGCCUUACAGGACUUACAGCAUAUAUUCAUAUAUCCAUAAAUGUAGAUGUCAUUCAACCACCUGUCCUGUUCCUCCUCUUCCUCCAGGCGAUCUACAGAGUUCUGGACCCUGCCAUCCGCAUUGAGGACCCCUACAGCCCCAACAUUCAGAGUAAGAGAACGUCAGCAGUCACCACAACUGCCAACCACUUACCCCAUGUUUAGCCAAACUCACACAGCCGACAUCAGGGCUGUCCAACGCUGUUCAUGGAGCUACCUUCCUGUAGGUUUUCACUCCAACCCUACCGCACCUGAUUCUAAUAAUUAGCUGGUUGAUAAGCUGAAUCAGGUUAGUUACAACUGGGGUUGGACUGAAAACCUACAGGAGUGUAGCUCUCCAGGAACAGGGUUGGAGAGCCCUGGUGUAAACCUACAGGAGGGUAGCUCUCCAGGAACAGGGUUGGUGUGAACCUACAGGAGGGUACCUCUCCAGGAACAGGGUUGGAGUGAAAACCUACAGGAGGGUAGCUCUCCAGGAACAGGGUUGGAGAGCCCUGGUGUGAACCUACGGGAGGGUAGCUCUCCAGGAACAGGGUUGGAGUGAAAACCUACAGGAGGGUAGCUCUCCAGGAACAGGGUUGGAGAGCCCUGGUGUGAACCUACGGGAGGGUAGCUCUCCAGGAACAGGGUUGGAGUGAAAACCUACAGGAGGGUAGCUCUCCAGAAACAUGGUUGGAGAACCCUGGUGUGAACCUACAGGAGGGUAGAUCUCCAGGAACAGGGUUGGAGAGCCCUGGUGUGAACCUACGGGAGGGUAGCUCUCCAGGAACAGGGUUGGUGUGAACCUACAGGAGGGUACUCUCCAGGAACAGGGUUGGAGUGAAAACCUACAGGAGGGUAGCUCUCCAGAAACAUGGUUGGAGAACCCUGGUGUGAACCUACAGGAGGGUAGCUCUCCAGGAACAGGGUUGGUGUUAACCUACAGGAGGGUAGCUCUCCAGGAACAGGGUUGGUGUGAACCUACAGGAGGGUAACUCUCCAGGAACAGGGUUGGAGAGCCCUGGUGUGAACCUACAGGAGGGUGGCUCUCCAGGAACAGGGUUAGUGUGAACCUACAGGAGGGUAACUCUCCAGGAACAGGGUUAGUGUGAACCUACAGGAGGGUAACUCUCCAGGAACAGGGUUAGUGUGAACCUACAGGAGGGUAGCUCUCCAGGAACAGGGUUAGUGUGAACCUACAGGAGGGUAGCUCUCCAGGAACAGGGUUAGUGUGAACCUACAGGAGGGUAGCUCUCCAGGAACAUGGUUGGAGUGAACUCUACAGGAGGGUAGCUCUCCAGGAACAGGGUUAGUGUUAACCUACAGGAGGGUAGCUCUCCAGGUACAGGGUUAGUGUGAACCUACAGGAGGGUAGCUCUCCAGGAACAUGGUUGGAGAGCCCUGGCCUACAUGAUACAGCAACUGCCACCCUGCCAUAUACUGACGUCAAUCAGCCAUGCUCAUACAACCCCUUAAAAUAAUGUCCCGUGACAGGCUGCUCUGCUCUCUGCUCUGGGGUCUGACGCCUUGUCUACUAUGGGGAAGUGGCGGGAUGUAAAAACCAGCUGCUCUCUCUACCCCACACAAGCUGUCCCUUAUGUUUUGACUGGCAUGGCUUCACGGUUUUCCCAGGAACAAGAGCAACCUUUCCUAAGUAGUUCAAUGUAACAGAGUAACUGUACACUAAUCUCUCUCUCUCUCUCUCUCUCUCUCUCUCUCUCUCUCUCUCUCUCUCUCCUCUCCUCUCUCUCUCUCCUCUCUAUUCCUCUCUCCCCCUUUCUCUCCUCUCUCUCCAUCCUCUCUCUCUCUCUCCUCUCUCUCUCUCUUCUUUAACUUUAGUUAAGGAAACAGUAACUCUUCACUGUUUUCCCAGGAAAAAGAGCAGCCUUUCCUAAGUAGUGACAGGGGGAGGUUCUUAAGAGUCUUAACAAAACCAAGGUACAGGUUGACCCUGACCCUUUAACUGGAUAUGUUGUCCUGACAGACACACUCUGAAUGAGUAGCUAGCACACUGCCAAGAUCAUUAAUCAUCUCCACUUGUUUAAGGGAACUUGUGUUUGUCACUCAUUAGCUCUCCCUUCUGGUACAUCUUAUGGUAACGCUCAGGCGAUAUAGGCUUUAGCUCCAGUUUGACAGAGAGAGGGAGACACACAUUUUGAGGGUGUUCAGUGAUUUUAAAGUGUUGAAACCUGAUGUGUUCCUGCUGUAAUGGAGACGGUGGAAUCUGCUAGCGUGCCACAGAAUAUCAACACGGAGGGAGGAUGUCUUAGAGGAGGGCGAUAUGAAGCCUGCCUGUCAGGAUGGGUAUACAGUUACAGAAUGCCUAUGGUUUAGUAUGGUUUAGUUUGAGCACUUUCCCAUGGAGAUAUCCUCCACAGCAAGAUAACUUAAAGAGGAUAGAGGUAAUCCUAUUCGGGAAGUUGGGGGAGCUAUGGGCAGAAGGUACAUUAGUAUGUUAAUAAUAACAAUUAAAUGACAUUAGCAGUGGCCUCACUGAUACUCAUAAGAGUUGGACAUGGCUUAUUGUGGUCCUGGCAAAAGCCUGAUAUUCCCCAAAGUCCUGUGGAACAGUGGAACUGAUUUAAGGGAGUGGUGUUUUGCCUGUCAAGGUCCAGAGAACAGGCCUCUUCUGUGUGUGAGAAAGGAUACGCUCAGAUAGGCCAGGAGCACUGGAUUUGAGCUUGCCCCUCUCCGCUCUGACUCAUUUUCAGUGUAGUUGAAUGUAACAGAGUAACUCUACACUAAUCUCUCUCUCUCUCGCUGUUCUUCUUUAACUUUAGUUAAUGAAACAGUUACUCAUGAACUGUAUGUGAGUCAAAUAGAGGGAGGUAAUGGAAGUAACCACACAAAGAAUGCUAAUAAGUGUUUCGUAAGAGUACAGUGAAGGGUAGCCGCCCCAAAACACAGCUUUUUAGCUUAGAGGUGUGAAUAAUUCUCCAUUUGUUAGGUGGGACUUGCAAAUCAAAAGCCCUGACUUUAAAUAGUCAUACUUCUUCUUCUGCACGCCACUCCUCUUACACCGUUUAAGCUAGACAUGCCAUUCAAACUUUAAAAUGUGUAGACUGGUCUGGAAUAGUGUGCUUGCAUACAACUUUCUGAUAUUAUUUAUACUUUUUAAACUAUAGAUUUCUUUGUAUUUUUGUCCAUCUUCAUUCACUUUAAUGUGACUUAUUUCAACAUUCUAAAGCUCCCCAUUGUGACAUCAUCCCUUCCAACUUCCAUUCACUGCAAAUGCAACAAUGCAACUUUCACACAAAUCAGUUAUUUUGACCACUUUCCGAACAAGUUAGACAAAAAUGUAAAGGGUAUGACAUCUUCGUUUACUUCUCUGCUAUUCUAAUCUGGAAUCUGACCAGAAAUAUCUUGUAUCUAACGAUACAGCUGUUUAAUUAACCGCAUCAACAACUUUUCGCCUUAAGUUUUUCAAACAACUGCCGUUUUGACCACUUUCCCAGCACUUUAGACAAAAACUUAGAGGGUGUGACAUCUUGGUCUACUUCUGUGCUGAUUAAAAUCUGGAAAUAAGAACAGAAAUAUCUACUACCAAUCAAGAGGUACAGCUGUUUUAGUAACCACAUAAACUAAUUUAGCUAACUUCCCACUUAACUGCCAUGGAACUUUUCAGAACUUUCAAAUUAUAACAAUGGAGGUGCACAUUCUAAGCAUGAGACAAUGAGUAAACAUUGGUGAAGUUUAAAAUAAAUUAAAAAACAUUAUUUUAUCCCAAGCGUUUACAGCUUACUUCAACCAUACAGUGUUCUCGGGGUGAUGAGAGGGUGUUGGGUUUGCGCCAGUUUUCCUUGAUGGCCAGAAAGCUCAAUUUUAGUCUCAUCUGACCAGAGUACCUUCCAUAUGUUUGGGGAGUCUCCCACAUGGCUUUUGGCGAACAGCAAACGUGUUUGCUUAUUUUUUUAUUUAAGCAAUGGGUUUUUCUGGCCACUCUUCCGUAAAGCCCAGCUCUGUGGAGUGUACGGCUUAAAGUGGUCCUAUGGACAGAUACUCCAAUCUCUGCUGUGGAGCUUUGCAGCUCCUUCAGGGUUAUCUUUGGUCUCUUUGUUGCCUCUCUGAUUAAUACCCUCCUUGCCUGGUCCGUGAGUUUUGGUGGGCGGCCCUCUCUUGGCAGGUUUGUUGUAGUGCCAUAUUCUUUCAAUUGUUUAAUAAUGGAUUUAAUGGUGCUCCGUGGGAUGUUCAAAGUUUCAGAUAUUUAUUUAUCUGUACUUCUCCACAACUUUGUCCCUGACCUGUUUGGAGAGCUCCUUGGUCUUCAUGGUGCCGCUUGCUUGGUGGUGCCCCUUGCUUAGUGGUGUUGCAGACUCUGGGGCCUUUCAGAACAGGUGUAUAUAUACUGGGAUCAUGUGACAGAUCAUGUGACACUUAGAUUGCACACAGGUGGACUUUAUUUUACUAAUUAUGUUACUUCUGAAGGUAAUUGGUUGCACCAGAUCUUAUUUAGGGGCUUCAUAGCAAAGGGGGUGAAUACAUAUGCACGCACCACUUUUCUGUUAUUUAUUUUUUAGAAUUUUUUGAAACAAGUUAUUUUUUUCAUUUCACUUCACCAAUUUGGACUAUUUUGUGUAUGUCCAUGACAUUAAAUCCAAAUAAAAAUCCAUUUAAAUGACAGGUUGUUAUGCAACAAAAUAGGAAAAACUCCAAGGGGGAUGAAUACUUUUGCAAGAUACUGUACAUUAAUUUAUUUAUCAAAUCCUAAUAAAAUACCAAUACCAAAGGAUAAAGCUGUUAAAAGAAAGUUAUGAAUGGGUAGAUAAAUAAAUAGGAUAGAGAAAUAAAUGAAGGAUACAGGCAUGGAAGACCUAAUGGCUGGAGGGCUAAAGGGAUAAAACAAGGUUCAGUUGGACUGAUUGGUAUGAUAAAGGAAUGAAUGUAUGGUUGAAGGUGUGGCUGGUGUGUAUGUCUGUGGUGGGUGGGGGAAUAAUUGGUAGUAGCUAUUUCUGUUCUGAUUUCAGAUUUGAAUAUCAGAGAAGUAGACCAAAGUGCCAUACCCUUUAAGUUUUUGUUGAGAAAAGUGGUCAAGGUAGCUGAUUAGCAUCAAAAGUCACAAUGUUUACUCAUUGUCUCAUGCUUAGAAUACUCUGUUAUUACAGUUUACUGUGGUAUUCUAGUAGGAGAGUGUAUAAAAGUGUAGUAGGCUAGUCUGAGUGCAGUUAUUUGUGACGAAAUAUGUGUAAGUAAGAAGGUUGAUAGUGUAGUCUAUCAAAGUAAUCAGACCAAUUAUUUUACUCAAUUUAACUUUGACUUAAUAUAGUCCCACACAUUUUUAUUCAUGGGAAAUGACCAUCUAGUUUGUGUUUAAACACUAAGUUGAAGUGGAGAGAGAAGGAGAGAGAGGCAAGGUGAACAACGUGAAAAAUCUGUCGAUGUACCCUUGAGCAAAGCACUUAACUCUAAUUUGCUCCAGGGGCGCCGUACUACUAUGGCUAACCCUGUAACACAACACAUUUCACUGUACCUAUCCAGUGUACUGUAUGUGACAAUAAAACAUUAUUUAAAAAAAAAUCGAUAACCAUGCACUGUCUGUAACAGUCGGAAACUGACUCUCAGGGCCGUCAUAUUUCAUGGUGUAAUUGAUGGUGUGUCACACCCUGGCUCUGGGGACUCUUAUAUGUUGAGCCAGGGUGUUAGUUUCUAUGUGUAGUGUCUAUGUUUUGUUUUCUAUGUGUUCUUUUCUAGAUCUUGUGUUUCUGUGUUGGCCGGGGUGGUUCCCAAUCGGAGGCAGCUGUGUCUUGUUGUCUCUGAUUGGGAACCAUACUUAGGCAGCCUGUUGUGCACUUGUCAUUUGUGGGAUCUUGUUCCGUGUAAGGUUUGUUUGGUGUUUAACCUUGGACUUCACGUAUCGUUUGGUUUGUUGUUUUGUUCGUGUGUACUAGAAAAUAAAGAAUGUACGCAUAUCACGCUGCGCCUUGGUCCACUUAUUACGACGAUCAUGACAGAAGAUCCCACCAAAUAAGGACCAAGCAGCGUGUCCAGGAGCAGACAGCCUGGACUUGGGAGGAGAUUUUGGACGGGAAGGGGUCCUGGACUUGGGAGGAAAUCCAGGCCGGAAUGGAUCGCCGUCUGUGGGAAGAGACUGUGGAGGCGCGCCAUAGAGAGGAGCAGCGGCGCCAACCGUGCCGACGUCGGACACGCAAGAGGCAACCCCAAUAAUUUUUUUGGGGGGGGCACACGGCUUGGACGACGGGGCUGCUGGAGGCAGCUACAGGGCGUAUCGGCGGAUUAGGAGAGGAGGCCACCGGGUUUGGGGGGCUGGAAGGGAGGUUGGCGAAGCCUAGAGGUAGAGCAGAGCCAACUCCCCGUACUCAGGCUAGGCAGCGUGAGACUGGGCAGGUUCCGAGGUUUGCGGAGCUGCGUACUGUGCCGCGAGUGGUCCGGCACAGUCCUGUACGUCCUGUGCUAGCACCACGCACGUGUCGUGCGAAGGUGGGCAUGCAGCCAGGACGGAGUGUGCCGGCUCAACGAUCGUGGCCUCCAGUACCCCUCCUCGGUCCCGGAUAUCCUGCGCCAGUGCCACGUGCUGUAGUGCCAGUACGAGUGCACAGCCCUGUACGUCCUGUGCUGAUGCCUCACACAGAGUGUGUAAAAAUAGACAUUCAGCCAGGACGGGUUGUGUCAGCUCUUCGCUCCAGACCUCCAGUCCGUCUCCACAGCCCGGUCCGGCCUGUUCCUGCUCCCCGCACCAAGCCUGUGGUGCGCGUCGCCAGCCCGGCCCGGCCUGUUCCUGCUCCCCGCACCAAGCCAGUGGUGCGCGUCGUUAGCCCGGUCCGGCCUGUUCCUGCUCCCCGCACCAAGCCAGUGAUGCGCGUCGCCAGCCCGGUCCGGCCUGUUCCUGCCCCUCGCACCAAGCCUGUGGUGCGCGUCGCCAGCCCGGUCCGGCCUGUUCCUGCUCCCCGCACCAAGCCUGUGGUGCGCGUCGUCAGCCCGGUCCGGCCUGUUCCUGCUCCCCGCACCAAGCUAGUGGUGCGUGUCGUCAGCCCGUUCCGGCCCGUUCCUGCUCCCCGCACCAAGCCAGUGGUGCGCGUCGUCAGCCCGGUCCGGCCCGUUCCUGCUCCCUGCACCAAGCCAGUGGUGCGCGUCGCCAGCCCGGUCCGGCCCGUUCCUGUUCCCCGCACCAAGCCAGUGGUGCGCGUCGCCAGCCCGGUCCGGCCCGUCCCUGCUCCCCGCACCAAGCCUGUGGUGCGCGUCGCCAGCCUGGUCCGGCCUGUUCCUGCUCCCCGCACCAAGCCUGUAGUCCGGCACAGCCCGUGCCUGUUUCACCAGUGCCUGGUCAGGUACCGGUCAGCUGCUCCACACCGCAGCCUAAGCAAUCCGCUCCACCGAUGUCCAGUCCAGCUCCAGCCAGCGGGGCCAGACCAGACCAGGGGCGCUACGGGGGGGUAGUUAGAGAGUGGUGGUCACGCCCGGAGCCGGAUCCGCCUCCGAGGCGGAAUGCCCACCCGGCCCCUCCCCUGUUGGGUUUAGUUGGCGCGGUCGCAGUCCGCGCCUUUGGGGGGUACUGUCACGCCCUGGCUCUGGGGACUCUUAUAUGUUGAGCCAGGGUGUUAGUUUCUAUGUGUAGUGUCUAUGUUUUGUUUUCUAUGUGUUCUUUUCUAGAUCGUGUGUUUCUGUGUUGGCCGGGGUGGUUCCCAAUCGGAGGCAGCUGUGUCUUGUUGUCUCUGAUUGGGAACCAUACUUAGGCAGCCUGUUGUGCACUUGUCAUUUGUGGGAUCUUGUUCCGUGUAAGGUUUGUUUGGUGUUUAACCUUGGACUUCACGUAUCGUUUGGUUUGUUGUUUUGUUCGUGUGUACUAGAAAAUAAAGAAUGUACGCAUAUCACGCUCCGCCUUGGUCCGUUGCUUACAACGAGCGUGACAUGGUGUAGCUGGAGCCUUUCCUUUGGCUUUGAAGUAUAGGAAUUAGGAUGUUCAUAUAGCUUGUUGUCUAUCUCCUAAUCUGUCUGUCUCACCUUCCCCCUUCCUCUCUUCUUCUCCUCUGCUUGCAUCGUGCAGACCAGCUGAAGAUCACUAACCUGCGUGUGAACUUCACCAAGCUGCACACCCUGGGUGACAACCUGCUGGACUCCCGCGCUGAGAUCAAGGAGAAGUACUACUAUGCCAUGUAUGAGCUGGUUGUCCGCGGCAACUGCUUCUGCUACGGCCACGCCUCCGAGUGUGCCCCUAUUGAUGGGAUCAAGGAUGAGGAGGGCAUGGUGAGUAAGUGAAGGAACACAGCACUGCCCCCUAGCUGUAAGGAGGAAGAACUACCUUAUAAAGUUUGCUGUUGUCUGAAAACAGAGGCAACUAUGCAGAGGGAGUUAGAAUGGGAGGGUGUGUUUAGGAUUCUCUGGGGACUAAUUCAGCCUCUCUGUCUCUCAGGUCCAUGGGAGGGUGUGUUUAGGAUUCUCUGGGGACUAAUUCAGCAUCUCUGUCUCUCAGGUCCAUGGGAGGUGUGUGUGUAAGCACAACACCAAGGGUCUGAACUGUGAGCUGUGUGACGACUUCCAUAACGACAUGCCCUGGAGACCGGCUGAGGGACGCAACACCAACGCCUGCAAGAGUGAGUGGUGGUGGAGCACACCAUAAGAAGAAACAUCUCUUAUCUGCAACACCACUGAUUAUUAUUAUGAGCACACCAGUCAAAAGUCAUAACCAAAGGAAUGAGACUCCAAUCUUGAUUACCAUAACAAGAAACAUUACAUUUCUUAUUCAUCUCCAACUCAUCAGUUAUGCAUCACACAGCAGCAGUAAAAAAACCCAAAAAUGAGGUUGUAAUCAAAUCUUAAUUUCAUGUUUUAAUAUCUGUCCUUUUGACUCUCCCAGAAUGCAACUGUAACGGACACUCCAACCAGUGUCACUUUGACAUGGCGGUGUACCUGUCCACGGGCAAUGCCAACGGUGGCGUCUGUGACGACUGUCUCCACAACACCAUGGGACGCACCUGUGAGAUGUGUAAACCCUUCUACUACCAGGACCCCAGCAGGGACAUCAGAGAUCCAGGAGUCUGUACUGGUGAGUAGAGGGGGUCUGGAAUAAAACACAUCAGAGAUCCAGGAGUCUGUACUGGUGAGUAGAGGGGGUCUGGAAUAAAACACAUCAGAGACCCAGGAGUCUAUACUGGUGAGUAGAGGGGGUCUGGAAUAAAACACAUCAGAGACCCAGGAGUCUGUACUGGUGAGUAGAGGGGGUCUGGAAUAAAACACAUCAGAGACCCAGGAGUCUGUACUGGUGAGUAGAGGGGGUCUGGAAUAAAACACAUCAGAGACCCAGGAGUCUGUACUGGUGAGUAGAGGGGGUCUGGAAUAAAACACAUCAGAGACCCAGGAGUCUAUACUGGUGAGUAGAGGGGGUCUGGAAUAAAACACAUCAGAGACCCAGGAGUCUUUACUGGUGAGUAGAGGGGGUCUGGAAUAAAACACAUCAGAGACCCAGGAGUCUAUACUGGUGAGUAGAGGGGGUCUGGAAUAAAACACAUCAGAGACCCAGGAGUCUGUACUGGUGAGUAGAGGGGGUCUGGAAUAAAACACAUCAGAGACCCAGGAGUCUGUACUGGUGAGAAGAGGGGGUCUGGAAUAAAACACAUCAGAGAUCCAGGAGUCUGUACUGGUGAGUAGAGGGGGUCUGGAAUAAAACACAUCAGAGAUCCAGGAGUCUGUACUGGUGAGUAGAGGGGGUCUGGAAUAAAACACAUCAGAGAUCCAGGAGUCUGUACUGGUGAGUAGAGGGGGUCUGGAAUAAAACACAUCAGAGACUCAGGAGUCUGUACUGGUGAGUAGAGGGGGUCUGGAAUAAAACACAUCAGAGACCCAGGAGUCUGUACUGGUGAGUAGAGGGGGUCUGGAAUAAAACACAUCAGAGACCCAGGAGUCUGUACUGGUGAGUAGAGGGGGUCUGGAAUAAAACACACCAGAGACCCAGGAGUCUGUACUGGUGAGUAGAGGGGGUCUGGAAUAAAACACAUCAGAGACCCAGGAGUCUGUACUGGUGAGGAGAGGGGGUCUGGAAUAAAACACAUCAGAGACCCAGGAGUCUGUACUGGUGAGUAGAGGGGGUCUGGAAUAAAACACAUCAGAGAUCCAGGAGUCUGUACUGGUGAGUAGAGGGGGUCUGGAAUAAAACACAUCAGAGACCCAGGAGUCUGUACUGGUGAGUAGAGGGGGUCUGGAAUAAAACACAUCAGAGACCCAGGAGUCUGUACUGGUGAGGAGAGGGGGUCUGGAAUAAAACACAUCAGAGAACCAGGAGUCUGUACUGGUGAGUAGAGGGGGUCUGGAAUAAAACACAUCAGAGACCCAGGAGUCUGUACUGGUGAGUAGAGGGGGUCUGGAAUAAAACACAUCAGAGACCCAGGAGUCUGUACUGGUGAGUAGAGGGGGUCUGGAAUAAAACACAUCAGAGACCCAGGAGUAUGUACUGGUGAGUAGAGGGGGUCUGGAAUAAAACACAUCAGAGACCCAGGAGUCUGUACUGGUGAGGAGAGGGGGUCUGGAAUAAAACACAUCAGAGACCCAGGAGUCUGUACUGGUGAGGAGAGGGGGUCUGGAAUAAAACACAUCAGAGAUCCAGGAGUCUGUACUGGUGAGUAGAGGGGGUCUGGAAUAAAACACAUCAGAGAUCCAGGAGUCUGUACUGGUGAGUAGAGGGGGUCUGGAAUAAAACACAUCAGAGACCCAGGAGUCUGUACUGGUGAGUAGAGGGGGUCUAGAAUAAAACACAUCAGAGAUCCAGGAGUCUGUACUGGUGAGUAGAGGGGGUCUGGAAUAAAACACAUCAGAGAUCCAGGAGUCUGUACUGGUGAGUAGAGGGGGUCUGGAAUAAAACACAUCAGAGACCCAGGAGUCUGUACUGGUGAGUAGAGGGGGUCUGGAAUAAAACACAUCAGAGACCCAGGAGUCUUUACUGGUGAGUAGAGGGGGUCUGGAAUAAAACACAUCAGAGAUCCAGGAGUCUGUACUGGUGAGUAGAGGGGGUCUGGAAUAAAACACAUCAGAGAUCCAGGAGUCUGUACUGGUGAGUAGAGGGUGUCUGGAAUAAAACACAUCAGAGAUCCAGGAGUCUAUACUGGUGAGUAGAGGGGUCUGGAAUAAAACACAUCAGAGACCCAGGAGUCUGUACUGGUGAGUAGAGGGGGUCUGGAAUAAAACACAUCAGAGACCCAAGAGUCUUUACUGGUGAGUAGAGGGGGUCUGGAAUAAAACACAUCCGAGAUCCAGGAGUCUGUACUGGUGAGUAGAGGGGGUCUGGAAUAAAACACAUCAGAGACCCAGCAGUCUUUAUGGGUGAGUAGAGGGGGUCUGGAAUAAAACACAUCAGAGACCCAGGAGUCUGUACUGGUGAGUAGAGGGGGUCUGGAAUAAAACACAUCAGAGACCCAGGAGUCUGUACUGGUGAGUAGAGGGGGUCUGGAAUAAAACACAUCAGAGACCCAGGAGUCUUUACUGGUGAGUAGAGGGGGUCUGGAAUAAAACACAUCAGAGAUCCAGGAGUCUGUACUGGUGAGUAGAGGGGUCUGGAAUAAAACACAUCAGAGAUCCAGAGUCUGUACUGGUGAGUAGAGGGGGUCUGGAAUAAAAACACAUCAGAGAUCCAGGAGUCUAUACUGGUGUGUAGAGGGGUCUGGAAUAAAACACAUCAGAGACCCAGGAGUCUGUACUGGUGAGUAGAGGGGGUCUGGAAUAAAACACAUCAGAGACCCAGGAGUCUGUACUGGUGAGUAGAGGGGGUCUGGAAUAAAACACAUCAGAGACCCAGGAGUCUGUACUGGUGAGUAGAGGGGGUCUGGAAUAAAACGCAUCAGAGACCCAGGAGUCUUUACUGGUGAGUAGAGGGGGUCUGGAAUAAAACACAUCAGAGACCCAGCAGUCUUUACUGGUGAGUAGAGGGGGUCUGGAAUAAAACACAUCAGAGACCCAGGAGUCUGUACUGGUGAGUAGAGGGGGUCUGGAAUAAAACACAUCAGAGACCCAGGAGUCUGUACUGGUGAGUAGAGGGGGUCUGGAAUAAAACACAUCAGAGACUGAUCGCCUCUCAGGGCUGGGACAUAGGAACUGUGUGUGUAUUUCUUACAUGAUCAGACUGUAUAUGAGUGAUGAUAUGUACAUAUGAAGGUUAUUUUCUCCUUUGAAACCCUGCUAUCACUUUAUUUCCAGGAGGAUUUGUGUUUACAUGUUUUCUAGGUAGUGCGUACUAGUGUAUGCGUGUGUCCGUGAUGGUUAUUAAAGCUGAGAUCUGCAAGUGAAACGCCCCCGGCGCAUUUGUUAUUGUUUCUGUUUUGUUUAUAAAAGGAGGAGAGGAGCAUCCAGCAAAAAAAAAUCGUAGAACGCACUCUGCUGUUCUAUCAAGCGUGCAAUGAUGUGCAAUGAUGUCAGAGGGGGGAAAAAAAACAGUGUCGGUCGUUUGAAGUAACGUCUUUGUUGUUGUAAUAUCGCAAACGCUACAGAUUCCAGCUUUAAGUUUGGCGUUAACAGGAUGUCUGUUGUCUUCUUCUGCCAGCCUGUGACUGUGAUCCUCAUGGUUCCCUGAACGAGGGCAUCUGUGACGGGCUUGACAUGCCGUCCCUGGGCAUGGUCGCUGGGCAGUGCCACUGUAAGGACCACGUGGAGGGACCUCGCUGUGACAAAUGCAAGUCUGGCUUCUUCAGCCUGAGAGCAGAGAAUCCCCGUGGCUGCCAACGUGAGUGCAGAGGAGUAGGAGCAUAGCAUGAUUCAGUCUAUCAAAUUGGACUUAUUGUUGUACAAAUUACCCUCAUUUUAUGUGGUCUUGUAUAUUAGAGAUUUUGGAGCAAUCUUUUGUUCAAAAGGUUUGGUUUUGUCAGUGCUUUGAAUAAACCUAUGUAUCAUAUUUUUGUAGAUAUUUAUGUUCCCCAGUGCCCCCAUAACUCCUGCUCUCCCCCCAUCAGCCUGCCCCCCCCCCCCCCCCAUAACUCCUGCUCUCCCCCCUCAGCCUGCCAGUGUGACCCCAGGGGUACGGUGUCAGAGAGACCACAGUGUGAUCCUGUGAGCGGGGACUGCUUCUGCAAGCGCCAGGUCACCGGACGCAGCUGUGGCCAGUGUCUGGUAAGGGUCCAGGAGAGCCUCCCUCUUCUAACCUUAACACACACAGAUACACUCGCACUCUCGCUUCUCUACAUCUCCCAUUCUUAGACUCUCUCUCUCUUUCUCUCUUUCUCUCUCUUUCAUUCACACAUACACCCUCCUGAAUUCAUAGGUGUUGCUGAGUGAUUCGCAUCCCCCUGUCACUUACCUAACUUCCUUGCCAUGCCAGUAACAGUACCCAGGAAUGUCUAAAUUUAGCCCAGGGAUGUCAGGCCUCUCCGGUUGGUGUGGGUUACAACAGGCCAAAAAUGGCCAGCAGUCAUUGGUCCUGACAGAGUGGAUCCUGAAUUCUCAGAAGCUGCAUAAAGGCUUAUUUUAGAGUCAAGAACAGACAACCACUAUUUUGCACACAUAACUUAAGCUCUACCAGCCUGCACUUAUACAGUAUGCCAUUUUGAUAGACAGGAUGUAUUUACAGUAAGUCAUUUUUAUAGACAGGAUGUAUUUACAGUACGCCAUUUUUUUAUAGACAGGAUGCAUUUACAGUAUGUCAUUUUGAUAGGCAGCAUGUAUUUACAGGAUGCCAUUUUGGAGCUAGGAACACCUGGUUGUGAUAUCUGAGUAGUUACCUAUGACUCACAUUCAAACCCAUCAGCUGACACGUAUGGUCCAGGAACCCUGGCUGAUGCAGUUGGUAGGUGGGAAUGCAGUCUGUCUAGGGCUAAUAGCUGUCUGUCUGUCUGUCUGUCUAGGGCUAACAGCUGUCUGUCUGUCUGUCUGUCUGUCUGUCUGUCUCCCUCCCGCCCACAGCCAGAACACUGGGCACCGAGUCACGACCUCAAUGGAUGCAGAGACUGUGACUGUGAUGUGGGCGGGGCCACAGAUAACCAGUGAGUGACAUAAUGAUCUGUUUCUGCAUCACAUACAAUAAAUAAAAAAACUAAAUGGACUCUUAAUGUAUAUCUCCACCUAUGAAUUUUGAUUCACGUUGAACAACUACAGGAUUACUGAAUAGACUUAUUAUCUGUCUUCCCCAAGCUGCUCAAUGGAGAACGGGCAGUGUCGCUGUCGCAGUCAUAUGACGGGCCGUCAAUGUACCCAGGUGGAGUCUGGGUACUUUUUCAUGGCUCUGGACCACUAUACCUACGAGGCUGAGCUGGCCCUGCUGGGACCGGUAACUACUGCUGCUCCCUACAGACAGAACAGACUGGGCUGGACCCUGGUUUACAUUGUUUUGCACUGUCUAUGUUUGACUUGGUGUGAAAAAAGAAAGAAAUGAACAUCCUUGCCUUUCUUGCACUAACACUCACACUAGCACUGACUUUGCUGAUAGCUGCUUUAUAUACACAGUACCAGUCAAAAGUUUGGACACACCUACUCAUUCAAGGGUUUUUUCUUUAUUUUUACUAUUUUCUACAUUGUAGAAUAAUAGUGAAGACAUCAAAAAUAUGAAAUAACACAUAUGGAAUCAUGUAGUAACCAAAAAAAGUGUUAAACAAAUCAAAAUAUAUGUUAUAUUUGAGAUUCUUCAAAUAGCGACCCUUUGCCAUGAUGACAUCUUUGCACACUCUUGGCCUUCUCUCAACCAGCUUCACCUGGAAUGCUUUUCCAACAGUCUUGAAGGAGUUCCCACAUAUACUGAGCACUUGUUGGCUGCUAUUCCUUCACACUGCAGUCCGACUCAUCCCAAACCAUCUCAAUUGGGUUGAGGUCGGGGAAUUGUGGAGGCCAGGUCAUCUGAUGCAGCACUCCAUCACUCUCCUUCUUGGUAAAAUAGCCCUUACACAGCCUGGAGGUGUGUUUGGUCAUUGUCCUGUUGAAAAAUAAAGACCAAAGGACACAUUUCCACCGGUCUAAUGUCCAUUGCUCAUGUUUCUUGGCCCAAGCAAGUCUCUUCUUAUUAUUGGUGUCCUUUAAUAGUGGUUUCUUUGCAGCAAUUCGACCAUGAAGGCCUGACUCACAGAGUCUCCUCUGAACAGUUGAUGUUGAGAUGUGUCUGUUACUUGAACUCUGUGAAGCAUUUAUUUGGGCUGUAAUUUCUGAGGCUGGUAACUCUAAUGAACUUAUCCUCUGCAGCAGAGGUAACUCUGGGUCUUCCAUUCCUGUGAAGGUCCUCAUGAGAGCCAGUUUCAUCAUAGCGUUUUAUGGUUUUUGGUCUGCACAUAUUACUACUAUAAAAUAUAUUUAGAUUUGUUUAACAGUUUUUUGGUUACUACAUGAUUCCAUAUGUGUUAUUUUAUAGUUUUGAUGUCUUCACUAUUAUUCUACAAUGUAGAAAAUAGUAAAAAUAAAGAAAAACCCUUGAAUGAGUAGAUGUGUCCAAACCUUUGACUGGUACUGUAUAUAAAAAAAAGACUUACUAUGACUGUGAUUUGUUGUUGUCUCACCUAGCCACCUUAAGAUAAAUGCACUAACUGUAAGUCGUUUUGGAUAAGAGCGUCUGCUAAAUGACUAAAAUGCUAAUGUUUUUGUGUGUGUGUGUCCAGGUCUGCAGUGUGGCGCAGAGGGAGCACCAGCCUGGGCGCCCUACCACCUGGACUGGCGCUGGGUUUGCCAAGGUCCCAGAGGGCAGCAGCCUGGAGUUCUCCAUCAACAACAUCCCCUACUCCAUGGAGUACGACCUCCUCAUCCGCUAUGAGCCACAAGUUAGUGCCUAGUUACUCACCCACACGUAUGCACACACACACAAACACAUACAAUUUGAUUUGAUUUACCCAUGCAUACACACACACACGCCCUCUGUUCUCUGGGUGUGUACAGUACAGUCUGUAUAUGACUGUUAUUGUGCUGUGUGUGUUGUGUUAGAUGCCGCAGGACUGGGAGGAGGUCCGUGUGACGAUUGUUCGGCCAGGGCCCAUCCCCACCAGCAGUCCAUGUGGGAAACACCAUCCCUGCAGACGACAUGCUCACUGUGUCCCUGCCUGCAGGGUCCAGGUGAGGGACUCACACACACCUCACUAUGGAAUAUACAGGUAGCCUAGCGGUUAAGAGCAUUUGACCAGUAACCGAAAGGUCGCUGUUUUGAAUCCCAGAGCCGACUAGGUGAAAAAUCUGUCGAUGUGCCCUUGAGCAAGGCACCCUAAUUGCUUCUGUAAGUCGCUCUGGAUAAGAGCGUCUGCUAAAUGACAUAAACAACUCUCUGUCUCUCAAUGUACAAAUAAAAAUAAAACAGUGCCUGUGUGUCUGACUCAGUGAUACACUUGUAUAAUUGGAUGUUAGUAGAUUUCACUUUUCCUAAAAGUUUGUAUUUUACCCUGGUUGUUUGUGUGUGUGUGUGUGUGUGUGUGUGUGUGUGUGUGUGUGUGUGUGUGUGUGUGUGUGUGUGUGUGUGUGUGUGUGUGUUUGUGUGUGUGUGUGUAUGUGUGUGUGUGU